AUGGUUGUCGGCCCUGCACCCCUCGAACAGCAUCGCACAUGCGUCAGUGGUCAGACGUGUGCAUUCGAUGGGAUUCUCGGGCAGCACCUGUCUGUCAACGAUGUGAUCCACGUGCUCGAGACCUGCGGAGUGGACCCUACAAUCGAGCGGUUUCCUUUCUCUGGUAUCGUGGCACAUGUCAGUUCCAGUGGCGCGGCUGUCACGUGGGGUUCCGAACCAGUAUCUGGAGCUGGAGGUCGAUAUCGGUUGUGUUGGUGCAGGCAAGGUGCAUCUCAAUGCAGUUUGCCUCGAGACUUCGCGACUGACUUUGGUCAGCUGACCCUGGUGGGGACCUCUCCUUUGCGCCAGGACCAGACCUGCAUGAGCGGGCGGGUAUGCUCCCUUCAAGGGCUCACCGGCAGCUUUCUCUCUGCUGGUGAUGUGUGGAUGGUCAUGGAUACAUGCGGGCAAGCAGACUUCGUUCCUCGCUUCUCUCAUGCUGGAGUUCCCAAUGUGGUGGAGGCCAGUGGCACUGCAAUUUCAUGGGACUCAACAGCACCAACUGCAGCUGGAGGUCAGUACAGACUUUGCUGGUGCAGCGCUGGCUUUGCUUGCGUUGCUCCUGACAGCUUUGUUGUGGAUGUGGGAGGGCUGGUGCUGCUGGGGAUGAGCCCCCUCACACAGGAUCGUACGUGCAGCAGCGGGCAGGCGUGUUUUCUACGAGGCCUACAAGGGCUUUUUGACAGCAGUUUGGAGACAGGGGCUCUUAUGGCCUUGGAUACUUGCGGACUUGCGAGUGUCAUUCCUCGCUUCAGCCAGGCUGGUACCUUUUCAAGAGCUGUGGAACAUGCAGGCGUGACGUUUCUGGCGCAAGUGGCCCAGACUACUGCUGGGGGAGUCUAUCGGCUGUGUUGGUGUUCAACAGGAGGUCACUGUGACCUAGCCAGCGCGUAUCAGGUGGACAUUGGCAGCCUGGCUGUGCUGGGACCUACGCCACUAGGCCAAGAACGCACGUGCAUCACAGGACAGACUUGCAAGCUUUAUGGCAUUGCCGGACUUGGCAUGCCGGCCACAGACAGGUUUGCUGUCCUGGAUACUUGUGGAGAAGCAAGUUUGGUGGAUCGCCUGCCUGGCAGUGGCAUCUUAACUGCGCAGUCCACGCCUGCUGGGGACAUCACUUUGUCCUUCGGUCAAAAUGUGAUCACGAGUGCGGCUGGAAACUACCGAUUGUGCUGGUGCUCUCCCUCAGGCACGAACCUUUGCAGCAGUGUGGAGUCUUUCCGGACUGACUUUGGCAGUCUGACCCUCCUGGGCCCACGCCCUCUCUACCAAGAUCGCACCUGUGUGGCCGGGCAGACAUGCUUCAUGAGCGGAAUUCUUGGAUCAGCGCUGGACUCCGCAGAUGCCUUCGCAGUGCAAGAUACAUGUGGGCUUGCAGGAACAGCAGUAGGAUUUCCGGCCUAUGGAAGCCUUGUCCUUGCUGGGAGUGGGGCGGGCAUCGACUGGGGCUUGGCUCCAUUUACAGCUGCUGGGGGCAUUUACAGGCUCUGUUGGUGUUCGGGUCUCGCCUCUGCUUGCUCAGCUGCACGAGAUUUUGAAGUGGAUGUUGGAGCCCUGACUUUGGUCGGCGUUGCCCCGCUGACACAGUCCAAAACGUGCCUUUCUGGUCUUACUUGCGAAAUCACAGGCCUGACAGGGCAGGACCUAAGUCAGUCAGACCAGUACUUGAUAUUGGAAACCUGUGGCGUUGAGUCGGGCCCGGCUCUUUCAUACGCACAAACUCUCGAGGGCUUUGCAACCACUGCUGGCAGAGCUGUGUCGGCCAGAUGGGUCAGCACGCCACUCAAGCUGGCCGGAGGCGAUUACAGGUUGUGCUGGUGCCCUGGUGAGCACUUCACCUGUGACACCCCAGAUCGAUUCCAAGUGGAUGCCGGUAUGCUCACCAUCAUCGGGAUCGCACCGGUUGCACAGCACCGCACCUGUGUGAGCGGGCGCACGUGCUUCCUGCAAGAGAUUGCUGGGUAUGGCCUGUCUGCGGAUGACGUCUUGUUUGCUGUGGAAACUUGUGGGCAGGCGAGCGCCCUGGCUCGUUUCCCUUAUGCUGGCAGGUCAGAAUUGCAGCUCACAAGUGCAGGAACCACCUUCAGUUCUGUGGAGCGCAUCACCUCCGCUGGCGGGGUCUUUCGCCUUUGCUGGUGCCACGGGUCGCCAGAUCGUCCUUUGCAGAACUCUCUGCCGUCUUGCCUAGCUAGCGAUGCGAAGAUUGAUGUUGGGAGCCUCUUCAUUGUUGGUGUCGCAUCCUUGUUUCAGGAUCGCACGUGCGUCAGUGGGCUCACAUGUGAGAUUUCUAGCAUCUACGGAUAUGGCUUACAGGAUGCUGAUCGCUUGUAUGUCAUGGACACGUGCGGUGGUGUGUCCACUCUAGUUUCUGGUUUUGCUCAGGGGCUUGGCCCAACGAAUGCUGAGGGUGUCUCCUUCAGCUGGGCUUUCACGCGUGUCACAGCAUCUGGUGGCAGGUAUCAGCUGUGCUGGUGUGCUGCCACAGAUGACGAAGAGUGCGGCAGCGCACAGCAUGCCCUGGUUACUCUUGGAAGUUUGGAUCUGGUGGGAAUGAGCCCACUGUCGCAGGACCGUACGUGCGUCAGUGGCCAAACCUGCAGCAUCUCAGGGCUGGAAGGUCAGUAUCUUCCGCAGACAGGAUCCGCACUGCUGGUGUUGGAAACAUGCGGCUUGGCAUCCUUGCCGCCCGGCUUUGAUGUCGAUGUAUGGCCCAUUUCCAGCGCGCUGGGUGGCGUGCAGAGCUUCCAGAGCACAGCUCCUCUAACGGCAGCCGGGGGCGUCUAUCGCCUGUGCUGGUGCUCUGGGAUCAAUUCCUGCCUGGAGGCUUCAGAUUUCAGCGUCGAUGCCGGUGGCCUGAUGCUGAUUGGCCCUGACUUCCUGCGCCAGGAGGCCACAUGCGUCAGUGGCCAGAGUUGCAUGGUCCACGCGUUUAGUGAAACCGCGGCAUGUUCCCUGGCGGAAGGCAUCGUGCCACCAGAGUCCUUGGUUGCGGUCCUUGACACCUGCGGAAUCUCCACUCUCGUCCCAGGCUUCCCUGCAGAUGGCUUACAGCGUUCUGCGGAGCGCAAUUUGAUCAUCUUUGCGAGUCUGACACGCGUUUCGGCUGCCGGGGGCGCCUACCGCCUGUGUUGGUGCAAGGACUGUCGAGUGGCGGAAGACUUUCGCACAGACUUUGGCGCGGUGCAUGUGUUAGGACCAAGCCCUCUGAAGCAGCAUCGAACAUGUAUUUCUGGACAGACUUGCCAAAUCUCAGACAUCGCAGUUCACGGCUAUUUGGAUGGCUUUGUGGGUGAAGUUAUGAUUUUGGAAACCUGCUCGCUGCCAAGCGUCAUACCACGAUUUCCAUUCGACGGUGUAUUUGUAUCGUUGGCCGCAGCUCAUGGUAGCCACUUGCGCAGUUUUAGGGCUGAUGUUGUGACGGCAGCCGGUGGGAAAUACCAAAUGUGCUGGUGCGGCAAUGCGCCGUCACUUUGUGAUGAGCCGAGUGACUUUGUUGUCACCUUCGGAAUGCUCACGAUCGUCGGGCCUGCACCUUUGAACCAUCAACAUACAUGUGUGAGUGGGCGCGUUUGUGAAUUGAAUGGCCUACCUGGCGAGCUGACAAGCCCAGAUGACAGCAUAUUGAUUUCUGAUACUUGCGGUUCUGACGAUGCCAUCGUCAUCGUUCGGCCAUUCCUGCUUGCUUCGGAGCAACAGUUUGCCAAUGAUGGAAGCGUUGGCGUUUGGAACAGUGCAGCACUCACGGCCGCCGGAGGUCUGUACCGUCUAUGCUGGUGUUCACAGGAGGCCUCGAGAUGCUCGCAAGCUGCGGACUUCGCGACUGACAUGGGGGAGCUGCUGUUGAUAGGCCCCUCGCCUUUGCAACAAGACAAAACGUGUGUGAGCGGACAGUCGUGCGAGUUUGAUGGCUUCCUCGGCACCCACAUCUCAAGCCGGAACAGGAUUCUGGUGGCAGACACCUGCGGACAAUCUUCAGCACCUUCUGCAAUGUCUAUUGCUAGCGUGAGUGCAGCCUCGGGACACAGUGCUGUGGUCAGCUGGGCAGGUCCUCUUAAAGUUUCUGGCGGCACCUACAGAUUGUGCUGGUGUUCCGGUGAAGUUGGUGCUCGCCCGUGCUAUGGAUCACAGGAUUUUCGGACUGAUGUGGGGGCUUUGACCGUGGUUGGUGUGAGCCCUGUGCGGCAAGAUAGGACGUGCGUCAGCGGCGUCCCCUGCACUAUUGAUGGCCUUGUGGGCACGUACAUCACGGGCAGUGAUUCCUAUUUGGUCCUGGACACCUGCGGUUUUGGAUCUUCAGUGGUGCCAGGUUUUCCUGGAACAGGUGUUGCACUGCAAGCUAGCGGAGCUUUGAUAUCUUGGGGUGCGGUUCGAAUUACGGCUGGACGAAUGCACAUCAUUGGCCCCAAACUUCUUCAAGCGUACACAUGUAUCAGCAAUGAGGAGUGCCGUGUCGACGGGCUUAUUGGAAGCUUUAUCAGUGACGCCGACCACAUUCUUGUUGCCGACACUUGUGGUGCCACAGAUGGAAUCAGUCCCAACGGCAUCGCCAAUACAGGCAUUGCCAAUCAAGUCACGGCUGAGGGAAGCGUUGGCGUUUGGAACAGUGCAGCACUCACGGCCGCCGGAGGUCUGUACCGUCUAUGCUGGUGUUCACAGGCCUCGAGAUGCUCGCAAGCUGCGGACUUCGCGACUGACAUGGGGGAGCUGCUGUUGAUAGGCCCCUCGCCUUUGCAACAAGACAAAACGUGUGUGAGCGGGCAGUCGUGCGAGUUUGAUGGCUUCCUCGGCACCCACAUCUCAAGCCGGAACAGGAUUCUGGUGGCAGACACCUGCGGACAAUCUUCAGCACCUUCUGCAAUGUCUAUUGCUAGCGUGAGUGCAGCCUCGGGACACAGUGCUGUGGUCAGCUGGGCAGGUCCUCUUGAAGUUUCUGGCGGCACCUACAGAUUGUGCUGGUGUUCCGGUGAAGUUGGUGCUCGCCCGUGCUAUGGAUCACAGGAUUUUCGGACUGAUGUGGGGGCUUUGACCGUGGUUGGUGUGAGCCCCGUGCGGCAAGAUAGGACGUGUGUCAGCGGCGUCCCCUGCACUAUUGAUGGCCUUGUGGGCACGUACAUCACGGGCAGUGAUUCCUAUUUGGUCCUGGACACCUGCCGUGUUGACUCAGCUUUGGUAUCCGGUUUUCCCUCGUUGGGCCGCCUGGAGCUCGCAGGAGCUGUGGUGUCUUGGGGCACGGAGCCGCUCACAGCUCCGGGAGGCAACUACGCACUGUGCUGGUGUCCUGGACCUGCAACCUUGGGUCAACUAGUACAACUAGAGCCAGCUGAAGACCACGCGGUUGCCUCAUGCCGUGUAUACUCCCAAGCAGCAGGCAGAUUUACCAUCAUCGGUCCUGCACCCCUCGAACAGCAUCGCACAUGCGUCAGUGGUCAGACGUGUGCAUUCGAUGGGAUUCUCGGGCAGCACCUGUCUGUCAACGAUGUGAUCCACGUGCUCGAGACCUGCGGAGUGGACCCUACAAUCGAGCGGUUUCCUUUCUCUGGUAUCGUGGCACAUGUCAGUUCCAGUGGCGCGGCUGUCACGUGGGGUUCCGAACCAGUAUCUGGAGCUGGAGGUCGAUAUCGGUUGUGUUGGUGCAGGCAAGGUGCAUCUCAAUGCAGUUUGCCUCGAGACUUCGCGACUGACUUUGGUCAGCUGACCCUGGUGGGGACCUCUCCUUUGCGCCAGGACCAGACCUGCAUGAGCGGGCGGGUAUGCUCCCUUCAAGGGCUCACCGGCAGCUUUCUCUCUGCUGGUGAUGUGUGGAUGGUCAUGGAUACAUGCGGGCAAGCAGACUUCGUUCCUCGCUUCUCUCAUGCUGGAGUUCCCAAUGUGGUGGAGGCCAGUGGCACUGCAAUUUCAUGGGACUCAACAGCACCAACUGCAGCUGGAGGUCAGUACAGACUUUGCUGGUGCAGCGCUGGCUUUGCUUGCGUUGCUCCUGACAGCUUUGUUGUGGAUGUGGGAGGGCUGGUGCUGCUGGGGAUGAGCCCCCUCACACAGGAUCGUACGUGCAGCAGCGGGCAGGCGUGUUUUCUACGAGGCCUACAAGGGCUUUUUGACAGCAGUUUGGAGACAGGGGCUCUUAUGGCCUUGGAUACUUGCGGACUUGCGAGUGUCAUUCCUCGCUUCAGCCAGGCUGGUACCUUUUCGAGAGCUGUGGAACAUGCAGGCGUGACGUUUCUGGCGCAAGUGGCCCAGACUACUGCUGGGGGAGUCUAUCGGCUGUGUUGGUGUUCACCAGGAGGUCACUGUGACCUAGCCAGCGCGUAUCAGGUGGACAUUGGCAGCCUGGCUGUGCUGGGACCUACGCCACUAGGCCAAGAACGCACGUGCAUCACAGGACAGACUUGCAAGCUUUAUGGCAUUGCCGGACUUGGCAUGCCGGCCACAGACAGGUUUGCUGUCCUGGAUACUUGUGGAGAAGCAAGUUUGGUGGAUCGCCUGCCUGGCAGUGGCAUCUUAACUGCGCAGUCCACGCCUGCUGGGGACAUCACUUUGUCCUUCGGUCAAAAUGUGAUCACGAGUGCGGCUGGAAACUACCGAUUGUGCUGGUGCUCUCCCUCAGGCACGAACCUUUGCAGCAGUGUGGAGUCUUUCCGGACUGACUUUGGCAGUCUGACCCUCCUGGGCCCACGCCCUCUCUACCAAGAUCGCACCUGUGUGGCCGGGCAGACAUGCUUCAUGAGCGGAAUUCUUGGAUCAGCGCUGGACUCCGCAGAUGCCUUCGCAGUGCAAGAUACAUGUGGGCUUGCAGGAACAGCAGUAGGAUUUCCGGCCUAUGGAAGCCUUGUCCUUGCUGGGAGUGGGGCGGGCAUCGACUGGGGCUUGGCUCCAUUUACAGCUGCUGGGGGCAUUUACAGGCUCUGUUGGUGUUCGGGUCUCGCCUCUGCUUGCUCAGCUGCACGAGAUUUUGAAGUGGAUGUUGGAGCCCUGACUUUGGUCGGCGUUGCCCCGCUGACACAGUCCAAAACGUGCCUUUCUGGUCUUACUUGCGAAAUCACAGGCCUGACAGGGCAGGACCUAAGUCAGUCAGACCAGUACUUGAUAUUGGAAACCUGUGGCGUUGAGUCGGGCCCGGCUCUUUCAUACGCACAAACUCUCGAGGGCUUUGCAACCACUGCUGGCAGAGCUGUGUCGGCCAGAUGGGUCAGCACGCCACUCAAGCUGGCCGGAGGCGAUUACAGGUUGUGCUGGUGCCCUGGUGAGCACUUCACCUGUGACACCCCAGAUCGAUUCCAAGUGGAUGCCGGUAUGCUCACCAUCAUCGGGAUCGCACCGGUUGCACAGCACCGCACCUGUGUGAGCGGGCGCACGUGCUUCCUGCAAGAGAUUGCUGGGUAUGGCCUGUCUGCGGAUGACGUCUUGUUUGCUGUGGAAACUUGUGGGCAGGCGAGCGCCCUGGCUCGUUUCCCUUAUGCUGGCAGGUCAGAAUUGCAGCUCACAAGUGCAGGAACCACCUUCAGUUCUGUGGAGCGCAUCACCUCCGCUGGCGGGGUCUUUCGCCUUUGCUGGUGCCACGGGUCUUCAGAUCAAACCUCGUUUGCGGAAUGUGUUGCAUCAGCUGAUGCCAAGGUUGAUGCUGGAAGCUUGUACCUUGUCGGCGCUGCACCGCUGUCACAGCACAGCACAUGCGUCAGCGGCCUAACAUGCAGAAUAACCAUUGAGGGCCUUGGCUUUCCGGAGGCACACCGGGUCUUUGUAAUGGAGACGUGUGGUGUCUCAUCAGCCGAAGUGGAUGGCUUCACACCCGCGUGGGCAUCGAGCUCCCUUCCGGCUGAGGGCGCGUCCUUCAGCUGGGGCUCCACGCGUGUCACAGCAUCUGGUGGCAGGUAUCAGCUGUGCUGGUGUGCUGCCACAGAUGACGAAGAUUGCGACAGCGCACAGCAUGCCCUGGUUACUCUUGGAAGCUUGGAUCUGGUGGGAAUGAGCCCACUGUCGCAGGACCGUACGUGCGUUAGUGGCCAAACCUGCAGCAUCUCAGGGCUGGAAGGUCAGUAUCUUCCGCAGACAGGAUCCGCACUGCUGGUGUUGGAAACAUGCGGCUUGCCAUCCUUGCCGCCCGGCUUUGGUGCCGAUGCAUGGCCCAUUUCCAGCGCGCUGGGUGGCGUGCAGAGCUUCCAGAGCACAGCUCCGCUAACCGCGGCCGGGGGCGUCUAUCACCUUUGCUGGUGCUCUGGGAUCAAUUCCUGCCUAGAGGCUUCAGAUUUCAGCGUCGAUGCCGGUGGCCUGAUGCUGAUUGGCCCCGAAACCCUGCGCCAGGAGGUCAGCGGCCGGCCCUGCAGAGUGAAGGGAACAGCGAUGGGUCAGCUGAUGGUCAUGGAGACCUGUGGCCACGCGGUUAUGGAGAUUCGAGAAGCGAUGCAGGCUGACGCCUCCUCUUUGCACACUCUCGAGCUGACCAGAUCUGCAGGAGGCAGAUAUCGGCUUUGCUGGUGUGCCGCUGGCUUCAGCUGUGGAGCUGAGGACUUUCGAGUUGACGUCGGUUCGUUGGAUGUGUUGGGUCCAUCACCCCUCUACCAGCACCGGACCUGCACCACAGGGCAGCUGUGCUCCUUUGAGAUGCUCACAGGCUACCACGUUGACUCAUCAGACCUGACAGCCGUCCUGUCGACUUGUGGCGAUGCAUCUGUGCCAGUCCGCCUGCCAGAUAUUGGAAUGUUGACCACGGAGGCUGGGCAGGAGUCUUGGGACGGCCCGGUGAUCUCGGCUGCAGGAGGGCGCUACCGUUUGUGUUGGUGUGCGGCAAGUGUUGAUUCUUGUAGCAGGCUCGAAGACUUUGUGGUAGAUGCCGGAGAACUGUUCGUGAUCGGGCCACGUCCACUGCAACAGCAUCGCACAUGCGUGAGUGGGCAGGGGUGUGCUUUGCACAACAUCGCAAGCCAAGAGUUCGUUCCUUUUGAAGGGUCUUCCAUCCUGAUCCUGGAUACUUGCGGGGUGCCUCACUGGCCGCAGGAGCCCGUCCUUUCGGAUCGCUUGGCUGUUGUGAGUGCCAGCGGAACACAGAUGGAUUGGAUAGCUGCAAAUCUGGCAAUGCCGGCCGGACAGUACCGUAUGUGUUGGUGCAGCGGUGAAGGCUGCAGUGUGAUGGAAAGCUUCAACAUUGACAUGGGUGCUUUGAUGAUGUUGGGGCCAGGGCCACUGAAGCAGUCGCGUACCUGCAUCUCAGGGCAGGUCUGCAGCCUGACUAUGUCGGGGCUAGGACUCACUGUUGGGGAUCGCAUCACUGUUCUUGCAACUUGCGCUGAUUCCGACCCAGUACCUGGCUUUCUGGAUGGUGGACGUGCCCAGCUUGUCGUUACCGGAGGUUUCGAUCCCUCGCAGAGUGGCGCUACUUGGGCGCGCGUGAGCUGGGGCCAGCCAACGUCAGAAUCUCGCAUCAGCCCGGCCCUCAAGACGGUGAUGAGUUCCCGUGGUGGACAGUACAGGCUUUGUUGGUGCCCUGACCUAGACUCUGCACGCUGUGAUGAGACUUCUGUGCACCGAUUGGACUUUGGAGAGCUAACGGUGAUUGCGCCGCUAUCACAAGUUGCGGACAUGGCAAGCCACGCAGGUCGCACAUGUGUCAGUGGCCAGACAUGUGAGAUCGACAGGAUCUAUGGCAUGCAUCUGCAAUCUACAGACCGAGUUAUGAUGAUGCAAACAUGUGGACUUCCCCGAAGUUACCACCAAGACUGGGGUGGGAUUGGGGAGUUGACCGUAGCUCCUGCACUCGACGGUGGAGGCGCCACGGUAUCUUUUGCAGAUGCAUUCCGUGGACCUGGCGGUCAGUACCGUCUCUGUUGGUGUGGCUCUCCGGGAUCUUGCUUCACACAUGCGGACUUCAGCGUUGACUUUGCAGGGCUGCUGGUCCUGGGUCCCACGCCAUUAACACAAGACAGGACUUGCAUUGCCGGGCUGACAUGUCUAAUGGAGAGCUUCGUCGGAGUUGGCCUCUCUAGCAGUGAUGAUGUGUGGGUGCUGGAGACAUGCGGGCAACUCGGGGAGAGGGAGGUGCUGGUCGACAUUGCUGGUCUGCAGCGGAGCAGUUCCAAAGUAUUACGGGCUGGAGGUCAGUACCGGCUAUGCUGGUGUCACACUUCGAUGUUUAGCUGCUCCUUGCCUUCAGAUUUCAUGGUGGAUUUGGGAAGACUGGAUAUGGUUGGUGUUGCUCCGCUUAACCAAGACAGGACCUGCAUCAGCGGCCGUUUUUGCACCAUCGAUGGUCUGGCAGGACAUCUCAGCAUUGAUGGGUAUCUACUGGUGCUUGACUCCUGUGGUGGCUUAAACUCCGGCGAGGUUCCAGGAGAGUCCUUGCAGAUAUCUUCUGCAGGUGCAGCAUUCACUUGGGCUGCCCCGCUCACUUUUGCUGGUAGUCAAUACAGGUUGUGCUGGUGCCCGGACGGUCAGCAAGUGCGGGGCCAAAACCAAAGUUCCAUCUGUGCGCUUCCACAGGACUUCAGCAUCGACUUUGGCAAGUUCACACUGCUGGGCCCUGGCCCAUUGCAACAGGACCGGACCUGCAUUAGUGGCGAGAUCUGUCGCAUCUCCGGACUGCAGGGUCAACUGUCUGAUCAGGACAGGGUUGUAGUGAUGGAGACAUGUGCAGUCAACAUUGGUCGAACCUCUCCCGCCCUUCUGUACAGUGCGCUGACUCUGUCCAGCGGGGCCAUGGCCAUGUCUGAUGUGACGCUCACUUUUCCCGGUGGCGAGUAUCGCCUGUGUUGGUGCAAAGAACACGGACCUGGUUCCUGUGACAACAUUGUUGACUUCACUACGGAUUUCGGUGGACUGCAGGUUCUGGGUCCUCGUCCUCUCUUGCAACAUCGCACCUGUGUGAGCGGAUUUCGAUGCAAUCUUCGUAGCUUUGAAGGUGUCGGCCUGUCAGUUGGAGACCAGCUUCUCGUCCUGGACACAUGCGCAGUUGGCAAGGUCCUGCCACAUUUCACUGCUGCAGGCAUAGUGCAGGAGGUUACAGCCUCCGGGGCUCAGAUGUCGUGGGGGCAGGCUGCGGUGACUGCAAGGGGUGGUGUAUAUCGCUUGUGCUGGAAAGCUGGGUCUCCUAGAGUCGCAGACCUUCCUGCUGUCAAUGCUCCUUGGCCACCAGGUAUCGUGGCCUCCGAUUUUAAAGUGGACAUCGGAAGCCUGACGCUGGUUGGAGUGAGCCUUUUUGACCAAGAUCGCACGUGUAUCAGUGGCCGGACUUGUCAAAUCGACGGCGUGCGUGGACAAGACCUUUCCGAAGCAGAUAAGUUCCUUGUGCUGGACACAUGUUCCGCUGGAACACUGGCACCGGGCUGGCCAGAAGCUGGCUACGCCGUAGAUGUUUCAGCGGUUGGCACGAGUGUCUCCUGGGGUGCCGAGAUCACUGGCCCAGGCGGAUCCUACCGCAUCUGCUGGUGCACAGGCUCUGCACAGGAUGGCAACCGGAGCGGCCUGGCCUGUGGCCAUGUGGACUCCCAGGGUACAAAUGGCCUGGUGGACAUGGGAAGAAUGCUUCUUCUUGGACCAAGUCCUCUUCAACAGCAUCGGACCUGUGUCGCCGGGCGAGCAUGCGCUGUGGAUGGACUGGUGGGCUUCGGGCUUUCGACAUUGAGCACAUACUUGGUGACCGACACCUGCGGCCAAGUUGGUGCCAUCAACCGAUUUGUAGGCUUUGGUGCAGCAACUCUUGUGCAAGGCAGUGGGGCCUUGGUUUCUUGGGGUGCACUGGUCACAGCAUCUGCUGGCAACUACCGGCUAUGUUGGUGCGAAAAGGUGCCCGGAGCUGGAGACUGUUCCUUGGCCGACGGGUUUCGUGUGGAUGUUGGAGAAUUUCUACUUGUGGGGCCGGCUCCACUGAACCAGCAGGGAACUUGUGUGAGUGGACACACGUGUGUUUUGACUGGUAUAGACGGUGUUCACCUGGAGACAGGGGACACCGUUCUUGUCUUGGAGACAUGCUCACAUAAUGUGCGGCCUCCGCGCAUGUCAGAUCCUGGUUACUUGAGUUACGAAGCUGCGGCUCAGAACUUCUCAACUUGGAGGAGGGUUCUGAGCUGGAGCAAGAUUACAUCGGCCGGCUCACAGUAUAGACUCUGUUGGUGCUCCAAGCGAGGGCCUGAAACCUGCACAGAGUCAAUGGAUUUUGGCAGCAUUCAGCUCAUCGGUCCGGCUCCGCUGUCUCAGCAUCGCACAUGCGUGAUGGGACAGACUUGCUCACUGGGUCGCAUUACCGGGGCCCAUCUGUCCUUCACUGACGAUCACUUGUUGGUCAUGGAAACCUGUGGCACCUACAGUAGCUUGCAUGGCUUUCCUGAUGGUGGAGUGACCAUGCUGUCUGGAGCAGAUGCUGUCGAAGUCAAUGACUCGGUGAAGGCGCUAGAGGUGAUGUGGACGUCUGCACCAGUAUCGGCUGCAGGAGGUCAGUUUCGCCUGUGCUGGUGUUCCAGCCUGUCCGAUGAGAGUUGCGUGAACUUGCCAGACAGCCACGUGGAUAUCGGUGAGCUGAUGCUCAUUGGCAUCUCUCCACUGACGCAGGACCGGACGUGCGUAAGUGGCCAGACGUGCAAGUUUCUGGAUGUGACAGGCUUGCAUCUUUCCAACACUAGCUUCCUUCUGAUCCUCGAGACUUGUGGCAUGCCGGCCCUUGUGGAGUCCUUUCCAACUGCAGCCCUCCUCUUGAACUCCACCACGCUGGACUUGGAAGUAGACUUUGGCAGGAUUCUGACGGCGGCAGGGGGUAACUAUCGGAUGUGUUGGUGUGCGGGUGCCCCUUUUCAGUGCGAGUCUGCCGGCGACUUUGUGGUUGAUAUUGGAUUGUUGCAUGUUCUUGGUGUAAGCUCCAUGCUUCAGAGUCGAACAUGCAUCAGCGGCCAGACGUGCGAGUUUGGUGACAUCAUGGGUACAUCUUUAGACACGGACGAUCUGCUUGCAGUUCUUGACACUUGUGGGGUGCAGGGUGCGCUUCCCAGAAUUCCGAUGUUUGCAGAAGUCAGCCUACUACAUGGUGAGUCGGCUACCUUCUCCUUCGGCUCCAGCCGGGUAACUGCCGCUGGUGGUGUCUAUCAGCUUUGCUGGUGUGCGGCAAAGCACCAGCGCUGUGAAACGGCUGACAGCUUCCGGGUUCAUGUGGGCGAGCUGCUGCUUUUGGGCCCACAUCCACUGACGCAGUCCAGGACCUGCGUGAGUGGGCAGAGCUGUCUCGUGGAUCCGCUCGCCGGCGUCUUCGUUUCCAGCUCGCGGCUCAGCACCGACCUUGUGCUGGUGUUGGACACGUGUGGUUACAGUCAAAGAUCACAGGAUGCCCGUCUACUUCUGCAGAGCUGGACAGGCAACAGAUCGACAACCCUUUGGGGCGAUGGUGCGCCAGUGAUCAUGGCCGGUGGCCAGUACCGGUUGUGCUGGUGCGGUGCUGUAGGGACGGGAGAGGACACUAAUUUUACCAACUCGAGCACACCCCUGCAGUGUGCUGCUGCGUCACAAAUGGUAGUGGAUGCUGGUGAGAUGGUGGUCGUUGGAGUUACGCCGAUGCAUCUGCAGCACCGCACUUGUGCGGUUGGACUUGCAUGCUCAAUAGGUAUAGAAGGCUUGCACUUGUCCAAUGAAGACCAAGUGAUGGUGUUGGCGACCUGUGGGACGGAAGCGCUCGUGGAUGGCUUCCCGCACUUUGAAGCCAGAACAACCGAGGGCUGGCUGUCAAUUGGUUGGGGACCGGUCAGUGCGCAAGCAGGGCAGUAUCGGCUCUGCUGGUGUUCUGGGCUUGAGAUGUGGCCCCUGCCCAAUGCUUCGUCUGUGUCAUGCAGCCUGCUGACGUCAUUUCAGAUCGAUGUUGGCGAGCUCACCUUGACAGGACCUGCCCCACUCGAACAGGAUCGUACAUGCGUCAGUGGACACACGUGUGCUUUCCACAGCAUCUCUGGCAUUGGCUUCCGUGGAGACGAGCAGUUCCUUGUCCUGGACACAUGUGGGAUCAAUAACUAUGUGCAUGGUUUCCCAGGAGCUGGUUUUGCGGAGAAUUGGACUGUGGAUGGCCGGCUAGAGUGGGGGGCCGAGAUAGUUACCUCAAGUGGUGGCAACUACAGACUCUGUGCAUGUAUGAAAGGCACUGCAGACUGCAACUUCGCACAGGAAUAUGACUUGGACAUCGGCGCACUAUCCUUGAUUGGGCCUGAGCACUUUCAAGAUCGGACCUGCAUCUCUGGCCAGGCAUGCGAAUUGUCGGCGAUCUAUGGACAUUAUUUGUCAGAAGAGGAUUCUGUCGUUGUGCUUGACACGUGUGGGACCCACGCUCUGCCGGAACGGUUUCCGAUGGAGGCCUCCGUCACUGUGUCAGGCGAGAGCUUAUUGUCCAUUCAUUGGCAAGGCGUGCCUGUAACGAGCCUGGGGGGCCAGUACCGGCUGUGUUGGUGCCAUAGGCAACAGAACUCAACCGUUGCAGUUGAGGCUGCUGACGCCCAGCCCCCAUGUACAACAUUGCAGGACUUCCGAGUGGAUUUCGGACAGUUGUCCCUCAUCGGACCAUCGUCUUCCCAACAGGACAGAACUUGUGUGUCGGGCCAGUCUUGCAUAUUUGAUGCACCUGCUGGCCAUUAUCUGUCGACUUCAGAUGCCUUCCGCGUGCUGGCAACAUGUGGGAUCGAAGAUUUUGUGCCGGGCUUUCCAGAUUCGCACUUGCAGAUGGUUUUGGACAGGGGAGGCACAUCACUCUCGUGGGGCUCUGAGUUUGUCACGGCCUAUGGCGGACAGUAUCGGAUCUGCUGGUGUUCGGAAAGGUAUGCCUGCAGCAGUUCUGAGCAAUUUGGCCUCGAUACUGGUGAACUCCUCCUCAUUGGUCCGAGGCCCCUCGUGCAGCAGCGGACUUGUGAAACUUUUCCAUGCACGGUGAGUGGAUUCAGUGGCCUCCACCUCUCAUCGGCAGAUUCCAUAAUGGUUCUGGACACCUGUAGCCAAGCAACUGCAAGCCAGGAUGCAUCUGUUGGGUUCUUGGCAAUGGCCCUGAGUGUAGCGUCUUCUGGAAGAGGCACGGCUCCACUUGAGGGAAGCGUUACAAUCCAUCAUCAAGUGGUGGGUGGAACCUACCGCCUGUGCUGGUGCGCAGGUACUUACACUUGCUCCUUCUUUGAAGAUUUCCGAGUGGACGUUGGAAGCGUGUCGUUUGUUGGUCUUACGGAAAGCUUGCAACACAGAACAUGCGUCAGUGGCCAAACAUGUUCCUGGUCGGGCCUGGACUUGUGGCUGGAGUCGCCUGAUGGAUCUGAUGGUCGGCUGAUAGUACUCGACACGUGUGGCACGGGUGCAGGCCGCGCUCCGUUGCCCAACGGCGCUGUGGUGCCAGAGUGGGGCUUGGAAUCAACCAUAGAUGCAUGGGCAGGUACAGAGCGCAUGACGAUGUGGGCUUCGUGGGGCAAUCAGAGGUUGUCUGGGGCUGCUGGGCAAUACCGCGCGUGCUGGUGCGAUUGGGAUUGCCCAGAUGGUGAUGGCGGGCUGAUGUUGGACCUUGCUUCCAUCACAAUUCUGGGACCAGACCUGGAAGUGAAGGAGUGGACUUACGUACCAGGAUAUAUGAUUCUGGACACCUGCUCAGCGCAGUCUGUCUUGUCCAGCUCAAGCACGGCUGGGAAGCUGCUGCUGCCAGAGUCGGAUCCGCUGGCUGGCGAAGACAUCCUCGCCAUGGGCGGCGGUGAGUACCGGUUGUGCUGGUGUGCCGCUGGUUUUCAGUGCCUUGGCGCCUCGGACUUUGGUGUGGACGUUGGUACCAUGACGUUGAUCGGGAUCAGUUGUGAAGAGUCACGAUGCCAUCCCGACCGCACAUGCGUGAGUGGCCAGCCCUGCACGAUCGAUGGAAUUCCUGGGCUGCACCUGACAGCCCAUGACAGAGUGGCUGUUCUUGAUACUUGCGGGGACCAGAUGCCGCCACACUUGUUAGGCCACCUGACUGAUGCACCCUACACCAUUCGCUCGGUGACAUGGGAUUCUGAGUUCUUGGUUGUGUCUGGAGGUGUCUACCAGCUCUGCUGGUGCGCUGGCGUGUUUGGAUGCUCGCUUACCGAGGAGUUCCGGGUUGAAGCAGGCGCCUUAACGAUCAUUGGCCCUUCUCCUAUGGAGCAGCAUCGGACAUGUGUGAGCGGCCAACGCUGCAUCAUUGAAGGCUUUGACGUUCUCUUCCCCACAACUUCCGACUCCCUUAUCGUGCUACAGACAUGUGGCGAAGCAUUGUCUGAGGAGGAACCUUCGAUGAGCCAUGUUGUGGCUACGCUUGGUGCCAGCGGGUCCAGAGUUGACUUCGCUGACGCCUUCUUCACAGCCUCCGGUGGCGAGUACCGGCUCUGCUGGUGCUCGGGCAACUUCGGCUGCAACCUGCCUAGUGAUUUUCGAGUGCAGCUGGGAUUGCUGAAGAUCGUGGGCAUGGCGCCACUCAAUCAAGACAGGACGUGCAUCAGUGGACAGACGUGUGUAGUGCAUGGACUCCAGGGUGAAGCCCUGUCUGUGUCUGCUCGCGUCAUGGUACUGAACACCUGUGGAACAGCGAGUCUGGCUUCGAAUCUGGUCCUGAACGGGGUUGCUGAAGCAGUGGAGGACCAGGGUACGACAAUGAAUUGGGGCAGUGCUGCAUUCACGGCCCCCGGAGGGAAGUACCGGCUGUGCUGGUGCCAAGAUCAGGGAAACAGUAGCGACUGGCCAGACCGAUGCCGGACACCGACGAAUUUUGCACAAGACGCUGGUGUGAUGACGAUCGUGGGCGUGGCCCCACUGAACCAGCACUACACUUGUAUCGUGGGCAGUGUGUGUUCUUUACGAGGUAUCUCAGGCGAAGGCCUCCUAGCAGAGGACAACCUGUUGGUCUUGGACACCUGUGGAACUGGUACUCCCCCCGCAGGAUUUCCUAUAGCUGUGGACAAUACAAGCCUUCCCACACGACGAAUGACCGGAACGAAGUUCAACAUCCAAUGGGAUUCCGCAGCGGUAACUGCAGAAGGUGGCGUCUAUCGACUCUGCUGGUGCUCCUAUUUUGGCCAGUGUAGUACUGCUGAAGCAUUCAAAGUCGACAUGGGAUCGCUGACCUUGUCCGGGCCAAGCCCUAUCCCACAGACCCAAACCUGUAUCUCUGGUCAGAGAUGCACAUUGCCAAAGGUCUCCGUGGUUCCCACAGAUCUGGAUGCUGGCGAGGUGGCCGUCCUCACCUCCUGCAGUUUCUUCACCUCCUGGGCUCCACCAGGGUUUCCAGAUCGGGGACAGCUGUUGAGUAUCCCGAGCCUCCCGAUCACUGCACCCGCCGGUCAAUACACCCUGUGCUGGAACCCGACACGGGACAACACAAAUCGCACCGUGGAUGCUGACAUUGGAGAGUUCCAGCUUGGCAUCCUCGUCGUGCUCGGGCCCGCUCCGCUGGUGCAGGAUCGCACCUGCGUCAGCGGACAUGUCUGUUCCUUGUCAGGUUUCCAAGGUGAAGGACUAACGCUGUCGGAUGAGAUCCGCAUCAUGGACACGUGUGGAUUGGACGAAGUCAUUCCGAGGGCGCCCAGAUCCGGUCACUUCACCCUGGUCUCGAGAAGUGGUGCUGCCGUGACGUGGGGUGCGCAACAGCUCACAGCUGCAGGGGGUAUUUACCGGCUAUGUUGGUGGUCAGGCUUCCCCAGCACUGUGGUCAAUUCCAGUGUUAUCUCGAACCCGGACACGCCGGGUGAAGAGUUCGUGGUGGAUAUGGGCAAGCUAGAGAUAAUUGGUCCGACACCGCUGCAGCAGCACCGCACCUGCGUGAGUGGACAGACGUGUCAUCUCGUCGAUGUGGAGGGGCUGAGUCUUGCAAGCAGCAACAAGUGGAUGGUCCUUGACACUUGUGGAAGGGCACCCCAAACACGAGGAAUCGGUCCGGAUUUGAUUGCUGCCAGUGGGCUGCAGUGGAUAUGGAGUGAACCAUUAAGUGCAGCUGGAGGCGAAUAUCGGCUUUGCUGGUGCGCCAGCCUUCCCCUGGCAAACCAUUUCUUGACGGAGAACAAUGUGACAAACGACACAAAUCUGACAGGGUAUGUUGAGGCCAGCAACCAGACUGUUGCUUUGGAUUGCAUCCUCCCUCAAGAAUUCUCUGUGGAUGUAGGCAAGUUUUCGGUGAUUGGUGUGGCUCCUUUGGAACAGCAUCGAACGUGUGUCAGUGGACAGAGCUGCCGCUUCUCUGGCAUCUCACUCGAGAACACUCCUGGGGACCCAGGUGCUGGAUUCUUGUGGUGCUGCCCGCCCAGCCUUCUCCGUGGGGAUCUUGAUGAGACCUGCCCAGGAGGUGCGUGCAGAACCUGCUCCAAAUUCCACGCAGCCGUGGCCCGAUGGAUUCAACUUCGGAUCGUCUGCGUCCGUCUCGUGGGGAGAGGCAAGAUUUCCCUGCGUACGCACUUUUUCGACUCUGACCAGACCACGAACAGAGGGCAACAUUGCGGCGAGGAGGAGACCUUGGUGCUCUUGUCUGCGGCGUUGGGCGCCUGCCCGCCCAGAGCCUUGCCAGUCACUGCUGGUGGCGGACAGUACAGGCUCUGCUGGUGUGCUUCGCCAGCCUUCUCCUGCAGCUUGACGGAGGACUUCCGUGUGGAUGCCGGGGAGUUUACUUUGAUCGGGAUGAGUCCUUUCAACCAGGUGUCGUGUGUCUUCACGACGAUAGGCGAUGAAAGUUAUGCUUGGCUGAUUUGCCUGCUACCCGAAACCAUCUUUUCCUAUCUUACCGAGACCACACGUCUUCAGUGCAAAGAUGCUUGUUUGCUCGCCACAGCCAUCUUUUCCCGCAGUACAAAGGCAGAUCGCCGUAGCCUGGAGUGGGCGAGCAAGGUCUGUUCCACUGGCGGCUUCUUGGGACAGCAUUUGUCGGUCAAUGACAGGUCGACCUGGGCUGAGAUCGGCAUGCCUGUGAAUCAGGACACCUCUGGCGUACCCAUCUCGCCAGGUUGGACCUUUCAGCACACCACGGUUCCAGGAGGCCAGCUACGUCGUGAAAUUAGCGAUUUGAAGAGGAACGCUUUUGUGGCCUCAUGUGGCCUGACCGUGCUACCAGGUUCGACGUUGGAGGGCUUCGCUAUGCCCAUUGAGAGCCAGGCUGGAGAGGUGGUUGUGCUGGACACUUGCGGUACCAGUGCAGCUAUGCCCCUCACAUCGCCAAUCCCCACUGGUGCGGAUGGCAGCUUCUUGGCCUCUUGGCCGCGGCCAGUGCUCUGCCCAGCUGCUGGCCAACCAUGCAAGCGGGCAGCAGUCGGCAAUGCCGAGCUGCAGGCCUGCUCGCGUGGCCAGUACAGGCUUUGCUGGUGCAGCGGCUUGGUGAGGAAUGUGACAGUUCCGCCAAAUGCCACGACAACCUGGACUGACGAUCCUGACACCUGGGGCACCUCAUGUUUGCGAGGAGAAGACUUCGACAUUGAUGUUGGCACUUUCAUGGUGGUCGGACCGUCACCCAUUACACAGCAGAUGACUUGUGUUUCUGGGUGGACAUGUGCACUGGAGGUAACUGGCACGGGCAUUCGUGAUGUCGAUCGUGUCAUGAUCCUGGAGACUUGCGGGGUAGCCUCAUUGGUUGAGGGCUUACCGCACUCGCUGGGCACAGAAGUCGUACAUGCAUCCGGGGGUACCUACCAGCUGUGUUGGUGUGCCACAUCUGGGUUGUUCAGCUGCAGCUUGUCUGUCGAGUUCACCUUUGGAUUUGGACAAAUGCACAUCCUGGGCCCUUUACGAGGACAGGAUAGAACCUGUGUGGCCGGACAAACAUGUGCUGUGGACAUUCUCGGGCUGGGUAUCUCAGAUGAGGAUCGGUUCUGGGUUUUGGAGACCUGUGGAGCAUUCGCCGCCCUGCCCAGAUUCCCCGCAUCAGGUCUUUCGGCUCCCCUCUCCGAUGCAAACAGCUCUACAGGCUCUACAUACUUUGCUAUCACGUCUACAGCGAUUUCCUGGGGCCUGACAGCUGUGACAGCCCAGGGUGGAGACUUUCGGCUUUGUUGGUGUUCCAGCACUGCCUCACGAAUCUCCAAUCGUUCCUGCUCCUUUCAUCCCUCCUACUAUCUGGUGAACACAACAACAAAUCGUUCUGGAGCAGUUGAAUCUCUGGCUUCAGCCAACAAUGGCUUUCUCUUUGAUGCAGGAAGGCUUCGUAUUCGGGGUGUCUUCCCCUUGGAACAGGAUCGCACGUGCAUAUCCGGCCAGAUUUGCCAGAUAGACGGAAUCACUGGGAUGGAUCUGAAGAGCGGAGAUGCUGUAAUGGCAUUGGAGACCUGCGGCGUGAACCACGCCAUCAGCCGUUUUGCCUGGGCAGGGCGAGCAAGCAAUGUUGCAGCCAGUGGCUCAACGUUCUCGUGGGGCCCUGAACCGGUCACUGCGGCCGGAGGAGUGUACCGCCUUUGCUGGUGUGCGGCCUCAAGUCACAGCUGUGGAAUACCGAGCAGCUACGCUGUUGAUUUUGGAUCCUUGACGUUGCUAGGGUCAAAAGCGGAGUUGAUCUCUCAUUCGCGAACUUGUGUAAGCGGCACCAUCUGCCGCUUGCACCAACUUGAAAGCCAGCAGUUGACUCCAAGCAGCCAGUUCCUGAUUCUAGAUAGCUGCGGCGUUGCGAGCCAAGUAUCUCGACUCCCCAUCACGGCCUCACGGGACUCAAACGGGACAUUUUCCAGUCUUGAGUUUCGCAUCGCGACAGCCGCAGGGCAGUAUCGGCUUUGCUGGUGCGAGCAGGAAUGCACCGACGCCUUGCAGUUUUCGUUCGAUGCUGGCAGCUUCAUGCUGUUAGGACCGAGCCCGCUGGAUCAACACCGCACAUGCGUGAGUGGGCAGCCGUGCGCCAUAGAGGGACUCACUGGCAUCGGGUUGCAAGACCUACAAGGAGGCAGCUUCUCUGUUCUCGAGACCUGCAGCACACCACCCUGGAAUCCAACUUUCCCGCCAGUGCCAGGGUCUCAGUGCUUGGAUGGAGGGUCAGUACUGUGGCUGUUCAACAAAGUUCUCAAUGACUUUUCAGCUGCCAAGCUUUCAGCUUGCACCUUUAGUAAAUUAGAGUACAGGGAAAGCGAACUUUGCACCGCCGUUUUGGCCCGGUCAUCGAUUCGGGUCACACCGGGAACCGACGAGGUGGCGGUAUUCUGGAAUGCAUCCAUACUCCUUGAGGGUGGCCGAUACAGACUUUGCUGGUGUCCUCGGGGUUUUCAGGCUUCUGGCUGCACAGCGGAGGCAGAUUUCAUGACCGACGUCGGUCGUAUUGACCUUGUGGGGGUAUCUCCAUUGCCACAGCACCGAACAUGUGUGAGCGGCCAAACUUGUGAGUUUGAUGGGAUGACGGGGCACUACCUCUCCAAUGCAGAUGUGUACCUGGUGGCUGAUACGUGUUCCACUACAUUGGGCCUGCCACGCUUCUUGGGCAGCAGCAGCUUCUCCACUUCAGUCACAGAUUCUGGGGCGCGCGUUUCGUUUGGAUCUGUGCCGGUGACAGCAGCGGGCGGUCACUUCAUGCUGUGUUGGUGCUCUGGCUCGCUUGCAAACGGCUGUAGCAGCCCGGCCCAUUUUCAAGUCAUUGCCGGCACGCUCAGCUUAUUGGGACCAGCUCCGCUCUGGCAGGACAAGACAUGCAUCAGUGGCCACACGUGCAGCUUUGAAAUGACCAACCACCUACCACAUGCAGGAAACUCCUUCUUGGUCAUUGACACAUGUGGCACAAACAGUCUGCCACCUCGUCUCCCUUCUGGACCCUUUCAGACCACCAUGUACCUUUCCUCUUUUUCAGUGGGCUUCAUAGAUGCCGACGGAGAUGGUAUCACUGCUUGUGGAGGAGAUGAGUGCUUCAACGAUCCCAACAAAAUCUACGGAGGAAUCUGUGGCUGCGGCGUCCCCGACGUGGACACGGAUGGUGAUGGUUUGGUGGACUGCUUGGAUUGGUGCCCGCUAGACCCCAACAAAACCCUGCCAGGGUACUGCGGAUGUGGUGACACCGAGGAUGACACCGAUGGCGACGGGGUGUUAGAUUGUGCUGACAAAUGUCCCCUUGACCCGACGAAGACCAACCCUCAGCUCUGCGGCUGUGGAGUGCCAGAUACGGAUUCAGAUAUUGAUGGUACUCCGGACUGUUAUGACAAAUGCCCUAGCCAGCCAGAUAGCGUUGCUGGCGUGUGCCAGUGUGCUGCAAGCUUUGCCGACGAUGACUUCGACGGAACGCCAAACUGCAAUGACUUGUGUCCACUGGAUCCACUCAAGCUGGCGCCAGGGCCUGCGGGCUGUGGCGCUUCAAACACCGACACAGAUGGCGAUGGCACUGUCGAUUUCUUGGAUAUGUGCCCUCUCGAUGCCAGCAAAAUUGAGUACGGAGAAUGCGGCUGUGGGGUUUCUGAUGUCGAUUCAGAUUCGGAUGGAUUGCCUGACUGCGUUGACGCUUGCCCCCUGGACGGUGGCAAGAACUUGUCGGGCAUCUGUGGAUGUGGGAUAUCGGACGAGGAUCCUGAUGGAAAUCGAAGGCCUAUUUGUUUCCCGGAUUGUCCUCCAGUCUCCACCACCACACAGUACGUUGUCUCUGUGGCCGGACUGGGCAUGGAACCGACUUCGAUGGCCGGAGGCCAGUACCGCCUCUGCUGGUGCGCUGGCAUGUUAGGAUCCAGCUAUGGAAACAACCAGUCCAAUGGGACUAAUGGGACUAGCAAUGUGACCUUCAGCACAUGCUCGCACAUGGAGGAUUACAAGGUCGAUUUCGGUGGCCUGCUGGUUACGGGGGUGGCUCCAUUGAGGCAGUCCAAGACCUGUGUGAGUGGCUCGUCUUGCAUCGUCGAGGGGCUCACAGGCUAUGGCCUAAGCGCGGCUGAUGGUUACAUGAUAUUGGAAACCUGCGGCGUAGCGUCGGGACCUCUUCUGACACUGCGGCCCUUUGAAAGCGAUGGAAACGUCAGCAACGGGUGGUCAGUGACGCGGCGCUGGGUGUCUGGCACACAAGUCUCUGGUGGCUUCUACAGACUCUGCUGGUGCGCCGACCAUUUCAACAAUCACACCUCCUGGUGUCAGCACGCUAAGUACAACACAGUGGAUUUCGGUACUAUGUCCUUUAUAGGCCCAGAGCUUUCCACAGUUGGAUGGACAUGCGUAUCAGGGCAGACUUGUGUUGUGGACGCGAUCACAGGCAAUGGCUUGUCUUCUCUUGAUGCGCUGAUGAUCCUCGAGACAUGUGGAACAGCGCUUUCCGACUCCGACAUCCCUUGGCCGUCGUGGCCAGCAACUCCGCUCGACGUGCUCACUCCGCUCACAGGGAGUGCAUACUGGCAUGAUCCUCUUAUUGCCCCGGGAGGUCUUUGCUGGUGUGCCGGCAUAGAUCAGCGAUCAAAUCUAUGGAACGGCUCCUGCAUUUCCGGCAAUGACACAGCUCCUAUGGACCACUUCACGCUAGACGUGGGGCGUGUUACAAUCCUAGGGGUUGCGCCCCUUACUCAACAUCGUACUUGCAUUGCCGGGCUUCCUUGCCACAUCCACGGCAUCACAGGCAACGGAUUGGCAGAUGGAGACAAGGUGCUUGUCCUUCAUACAUGUGGCCACGUAGCGCAUGUGAAUGGAUUUCCCGGAUAUGGAUCUAUGCAAGACGUGUCUAUGUCCGGGGCAUCGGUAUUCUGGACGUCUCCAGUCACGGCUCUGGGAGGGCGAUAUCGCUUGUGCUGGUGCUCCUUCGGCCAGCAUUGCAGUAGUGGCGAGCAGUUCCGCACUGAUUUUGGCAGCUUCACGCUCGUUGGGCCAAGCUCGUCCGACCAAGACCGAACGUGCAUUGCCGGAAUGAGCUGUGCAGUUGGUGCUAUUGCAGGACAAGACUUGUCUGCCCUUAAUCAGUAUGUCAUUUUGGACACCUGCGGAGUUGCAAGUACAAUCGGCGGUAUGCCUUCAUCUUUGCACACCGCUGGCUUCAAUGCUGCAAUGGCCUUGUCUGUGACCGCCGUGGCUGGCCAGUACAGGCUUUGCUGGUGCAGUGGCAUGCCGGACUGGUCCCAAGCUGAGUUUAACUCGACGCAGAAUGAAACGAACAGCACCAACAACGGUCGCACCCUUUCAUUCUGGAAUCAGAGCCUGGUCAAUCUAAGUGCACCCACAAACCAUAGCAGUGCUUCCUACUGUCAAACUGCCGCGGAAUUUAGAAUAGAUGUUGGUUCUUUGCUUGUGGUUGGAGCAGCAACGUCGGCGAGCGAUUUCACGUGUAUAGCUGGCAGAGACUGCGAACUAGACCACAUUGUUGGCAUCAGCCUGCACGAUGGAGACUCCAUCGUUGUGCUUGACACCUGCGGCGAGCCAGGUGCUGCAUUGCAGCCUCGAGCUCUUGCCAAUGGUACACAUGCAGCCUGGGAGACGAUUACGACACCAGGAGGUGUGUACAGACUAUGCUGGUGCAGUGUCUCCAAGCUGUGCCGCUGGGCGGAAGACUUUGACCUGGACAUUGGCCGCCUUUACGUCUUGGGUCCGCGACCUUUGUUGCAAGACCGAACGUGUGUUAGUGGGACGGCAUGUGCAGUUCAAGGCAUAGAAACUCAUGGAGUCCUGCAGGCAGGCAGCGUUGCGAUCCUGAGUACAUGUGGGGACGGAACAGACGGAACAAACUUGUGGGCUGGCAUGCCUGUGAGUUUCACGUCGCUACAAGAGCCUGGAAGCAGUCAGUUCUUAGCCAACCUCGUAACAGACGUUGAAAUGACUGCUGCUGGGGGUCAGUACCAGCUCUGCUGGUGUGGCUCCUGGGCUGGUGGUUGCGAUUGGCCGGAGGAUUUCAAUGUUCACUUUGGGAACUUUCUGCUGGUCGGGGUCUCCCCUCUCCAGCAAGACCGAACCUGCUUUACGGGUGCUACUUGUGCCUUGGCUGACAUCUCCGGACACGGGAUCUCCCAGUCUGCAGUUCUGGUUAUGGAGACCUGUGGGUUGGGUCGGGCGACUCUUAUGAGAUCGUGGGAUGAAGCUUCUGUCAGCUCUGCCAGUGGCUCUGUGACAACCUGGGCCAUGCAGCCCUCCGGUCCUGGUGGUCAGUAUCGCCUGUGUUGGUGCUCGCGCCAGCCUUGCAGUGUACAAGAUGCGAUUGUGGACUUUGGACAGUUGACCCUUGUUGGCCCAGCACCCCUCUAUCAGCAUCACACUUGCUUGAGUGGGCUUGAAUGUCAGCUGACAGGCUUGACCGGAACCUUCUGGAGUGGAGACGUCUGGGUGCUGGCAACGUGUGGGACGCAAAGUGGCAUGAUUAGCAGGUUUGCGCAAGAUGGACGCUCUCCUAUCUCCAUUCCUGACGCCGUGGUUAACUUCCAAGAGCCAGUUACGGCUGCAGGAGGGCAGUAUCGCUUGUGUUGGUGUUCGGAUGGAUCCGUCAACCAAAGCAAUUGGACACAUGAGGCUGCGCAAAGGGGCUGCGACUUUGCUUCAGAUUUCGGUGUGGACAUGGGAGCCUUGCUUCUUCUCGGCAUGUCCCCUCUGACACAGGACCGAACCUGCAUCGCAGGACAGAGCUGCCAUCUCGCAGAUUUGCGUGGAUUUGGGCUGUCUUCUUUAGAUACGAUUGCUGUGCUUGACACGUGCGGGCAACAGGCCUUGCGGCACUGGCCAGCGGAGCCCACGACAAUACUCGAAACAGAUGGUAAGCUCACCGUGUCCUGGAGCUUUGUCACUGCAGCAGGUGGGCAGUAUCGCCUAUGUUGGUGUCCGGGGGUGACUUGGACCACAGCAGAUGAAGAAGACGAAGAUUUCGACCCGUGGACGCGGAAUGAUACAUUGAAUAGCAGUGUCUCAGUGCAAACGUUCGAGAGGAGAUGUUCUUCAGCGGAGUUACUCAGGGUCGACUUUGGCAGUUUGACGCUUGUAGGCCCAACGCCCCUUUACCAGCAAUACACUUGUGUCAGCGGCCAGACAUGUGAACUGCAGCAUGUGGAGGGUCUCCAUUUGGAGGAGGGGGAUCGCAUCCAGCUGCUCGAGACCUGUGCAGUCACGCAAAAAGUGCCGCUGCGAGUUCCUGGAGGCGGUCUCCUUACGGCCUCUGCAGUUGGCAACAACAGCCUGAGCUUCUCUCUGGGCGAUGCACCCAUCUCUGGGUUUGGAGGGACUUACCGCCUUUGCUGGUGCUCAGCGGCAGUCGAUUGUGCCUUGGAGGCAUUCCGGGUGGAUAUCGGGCAGCUCACCGUGCUGGGCACACACCCACCAAGCCAGGGCUUCACAUGCGUCAGUGGAAGGCAGUGCCGCAUUGAUGGCAUCAGCGGCCUCUUCGCUGAGAGCUCCGCCUUCAUGGUGCUUGAUACUUGCGGCCGCGGCGCUUCCAUUGAGCAGGGACAGAUCGUCCAAAGUCCAACAGGUAGCAGCCUGUCCUGGGAGUCGGGGAUGCUCAGAGGUUCUGGUGGGCAGUAUAGGCUUUGCUGGUGUGGCUCUUCAGAAACGACGCAGAUCCAGGCAGACAAUAGCACCAAUUCGUCACCCAGUAUGAUGCGGACAUUGGGAUGCGACACAUCAAAAGACUUCCUCAUUGAUGCCGGUGAGAUUCAUCUGCUAGGGCCGGCGCUUGACCAGGCACGUACGUGCAUUGGGGGCCAGCUUUGCCGAAUCGAAGGUCUAGUUGGCUACGGCUUGGCCGAGGCCGACCGCCUGCUUGUCAUGAACAGCUGUGGUACGGCCGAGCUGCCGACUGGAUUCCCCAGCACAGGAACAUCUGUGGUACUAUCUAAUAUCACCUGGGGAGCAAAUAGCUCAAGCUUGUGGGAUUCCGUUAUCACAGGACCUGGCGGCACAUACCGCUUGUGCUGGUGCACUGCAUGGGGCAGCAGCUGCUCUGCAUUUCAGGACUUCUUGCUGGAUGUUGGGGAGUUCACAUUGCUUGGUCCAAGCCCCUUGGAGCAACACCGAACCUGCGUGAGCGGCCGUGCGUGCUUCCUAACACCCUCGCCAGAUCACGGCCUCGAAGGGCUUGGAGUCAACCCAUCGGAUGGGCUGCUUGCCAUUCCGCUAACAUCCACUUGUGGGACUCUGGGGGCGAAGAGGGUUGAAGGCGUUACGACCAACCUGAGCAUGCCUGAUCCUGGAGGCUCCUCGCCUGCAGCAGUCGCGCAGGCGGUGACUCGCAUCAGCGAGCCCGGUGGGCUCUAUCGACUUUGCUGGUGCAGUUCUGCGGCAUUGUCCUGCAUGACAGAACAUCAUAGCAUCCAGGUCGGGCUUCUGAGCAUCCUUGGCCCAGCUCCACUGUCGCAAGAUCGAUCCUGUAUCUCGGGGCGCACCUGCAUGGUGGACAUCUCAGGGUCCUUUGUUGAUGCGCAGCUGGAAGGGAUGUUGAUGGUACUCGGAACCUGUGGCCUGCCAGAUCUGUUGCCACGUUUCCUCCCAGAUGGUAUGGUGCCACUGACUGGAACGGAGACGAACACAAAUCUGUCACUUCGCAUAAGUGCCGCUGGUGGCCUUUAUCGGCUAUGCUGGUGUGCAACCUCAGCGUCAUCUCUUAUGAAUGAGUCCCUUGCGAAUGUCUCCCUGGAAGCUUGCAGUGAACCUUCUGACUUUCUUGUGGAUGCUGCAGCCUCGGAAACAGUCGUGUCCAUGGCAGAAGUUGUGCACAGACGGCAGCCCCCGAUUGAAAGACAGCUGAGGUGCUUGGUGGAUGGCAUCAGCGGGUGGCACCUCUCACUGGAAGACAAGCUCCUGCUGCUCGAAACUUGUGGUGCCGUCCUCGGAACUGAGGUGUCCGUGGCAGGUGCAACAGGUGCAGAAGGUGUCAUCAUGCUUGCAGUGCUUGCUGAGGUGAUGCCCGCGGUUGGGAUCGAUCGCCAGGAUUCUUUGUCCACAGUAGCUUUCUCCUGGGGCACCGAGAAGCUAAGUCUUGCCGGGGGCAAGUACCGGCUUUGCUGGUGCUCAGGCUUGGUUUCAGAGCCAUGGUUGCCCAACAGAUCAGGGCUCAACGCCACGAACAGCACUGCCUGCACCAUGGCUGGCAGCUUUCAAGUUGAAGCAGGUCAUAUGACCGUGCUCGGUGUGGCGUUUGGGCAAGACCGGACCUGCUUAUCUGGGCAAACGUGCCUCAUAGAUGGUAUUCAAGGUCAGCACCUCUCGGUACACGAUCUAUGGUUGCUCAUGGACACCUGCGGGGAGCCAGACCAGGUCAUUUCGAAUGCCGGGAGGCUAGCUACGACGGUGGCACCGUCUGGUGGCUCCGUCUCUUGGGGAAGUGAUGCACUUACGAUGGCAAGUGGGCAGUACAGGUUAUGCUGGUGCUCAGGCGAUGCGCACUGCAGUACAUCAUCUCAGUUUUCUAUAGAUGCCGGACAGUUCCAUAUGCUGGGGCCAUCGCCGUUGCAGUCCCACACCUGUAUAUCGGGACAGACCUGUAUCGUCAAUGGCGUCCUGGGCAUGGGCUGGGAAUUCACGGACCAGUUCUUGAUCAUGGACACUUGUGGACAAAACCAGGCUACGCCAAGGCUGGGCACUGGAGCAGCUGUUGCCAUUGACAGUUUUGCCGGAAGUUCUGUAUCUUACGUAUCAGUGAGCUGGGGCGGUGGCCGCAUUCUGACAUUGGGUGGCAACUAUCGACUUUGUUGGUGCCCUGGUGCACUGACAUCAGUCAACGGCACCAAUCGCUCAAGCGAUUGCAUCAACUCUCAAUUUGUGGCGGAUGCCGGUGAGCUUUUCGUUAUUGGGCCAACCUGGAGGCAAGAUUGGACAUGCAUCUCUGGUCAAGAAUGCUCGAUCUCCGGACUUGACGUCGAUUCUAUUGGAGACUCUGGGCAGCUGCUGGUGCUGGAGACUUGUGGUGCGAGGGGUAUCUUGCCUCGAUGGUCUGAGGGUGGCCGCCUGACAUCAAGCUUGGUCGCCAGCAGCUCGAUGUUCUCCAGACUGGUGUCUGCACCAGGGGGCCGCUAUCGCCUGUGUUGGUGCGCCAUGGUGCCUUACCCAGCAGCGCAUUGCGCUUCGGAAGAUGAAGGUCAGAACUCGUCCUGUGACUUUUACAUGGGCAAUUGGAGUGGAAACUUAAGCUCACCCUGUCAAACUGCAGACGACUUUGUGGUCGACAUAGGCAGCUUGCAUGUUCAGGGCCCUGAUCCGCUUGAUCAGCACAUGACUUGCUUCAGUGGUCAAUCCUGCCGCUUCCAUGAUCUCGCUGGCCUCUACCUCGGCAACGUGAGCAGGGUCAUGGUCCUUGACACCUGUGGCACCAAUACGCCACCAGCGAGACUAAAGCAGGAGACUUUGGUGACAGGCGGGACCUGGGCGUCGGAAGACAUUUCUUCUUCUGGAGGCACAUACAGGCUCUGCUGGUGUAUGGAGACAGAGUCAAACUCCACUUGGCAGAAUUGUGUGCUGGGAGAGCACUUCAUCACUGAUGCAGGCACCCUGACCGUCGUGGGCUUGAGCCCGCUGAAUCAAGAUCGGACUUGCGUCAGUGGCCGCCGGUGUGCUGUCAACAAUCUGCAGGGAGUGGGCUUAGAAGAUUCAUCCUUCAGGGUGCUGAUUAUGAACACAUGUGGAAUGGACGACACAGUGCCGAAGUGGGCGCACGCUGGAGAGCUGUUGUCGCAGGGCGAUCUUGCUGCUUGGCUGGACCUGACUGUCUCAGCUGUUGGUGGUGAGUACCGCUUGUGCUGGUGUUCACUCACCAAUCACAGCACGGCAAGUCAAUGCUCGCGAUCUUCGCACUUCAAUGUGGAUGCGGGCGCCCUACUCCUUGUAGGUCCAAGGCCGCUUGAACAGGACAGAACAUGCAUCAGUGGGCAGGCUUGCGUCUUGGAGUCGCUGCUUGGUGUCGGGUGGACGGCUGCUGAUGCAGUGUCUGUUCAGUCCACUUGCGGUGCGCAGAUGGACGGAGUGCCCGAGAGGUUUAUGCAAGGCAGGCCUCGCUUGUUAGAGAUGGGUGGAAGCUGGACCGCUGCUUGGGAUUCAGCUCGGAGUUCUGCAGCGGGCGGCCAGUACAGGUUAUGUUGGCAGGCUGGACAAGAGCUGAAUGGAACAGACAGCAUCGCCCCAGAUGGGGAAGCUUGGAUAGACUUCGGGACCUUCACACUGGUGGGUCCAUCUUCUCAGACCGGCCACACUUGCCUGAGUGGACAGACCUGCCAAGUGGAUGGCUUGCUUGGACAGUUCUUAGAUGCCAACGACUCCUUUGUCGUGAUGGAGACGUGUGCCUUGGAUGAUAUUCUGAUUCUGCUUUGUCCAAGCUCGUUGUUCUUUAGUAGUAGCGCUGUCCGUUCGAGCAAAGCAAUUCCGUCAGGUGGAGUUGCCCAAGUCAUUCCCAAAUUUGCUCUUGCGGGGCACUUCGACAGCUUGCAAGCUAGUGGAGCCACAGUGUCAUGGGGAGCUACAGUAAACUCUGCGGCUGGUGGUCAGUACAGGCUCUGCUGGUGUUCUAUGAUGGGCGAUUGCAGCUACCCUCAGUCCUUCAUUGUCGAUGCGGGUGAGCUUCAGCUGUUUGGCCCAGCUCCUCUUGGGCAAGAUCGAACAUGUGUAAGUGGCAGAACAUGUGCUUUUGAGGCUCACGUUCAUGGUGUUCACACGUGGUCAGUAUCCAUCAUGGACACUUGCGGGCUCAGCCUCGACUUGCUUCCUGGCAAAGCUGCUACAGCUGUGCUUUCCCCAGGAAGUGUCGCUGCAGUCACCUUCGACAUGUUGACAUCGCCGGGGGGCGUCUACAGGCUGUGCUGGUGUGCUUCGAGGAUUUGCUCCACUGCGGAGACAUUUUCCGUGGAUGCAGGGAAGCUAGAUUUGGUUGGGGUUUCCCGUGCGCAAGACAGGACAUGUAUUUCUGGUCGAAGUUGUGAGAUUGUCGGGAUCCAUGGACACCAUAUCUCUAGUGAUGGCUUCCUCCAGAUUCUGGAAACAUGUGGACAGGCUAGCUCGCAUCUGUACUUGCCCAGACAGCAGCUUUUGUUUGAGGGCGGAAGCGCUCGCGCAUCUUGGCCAUCUGUACCAAUAGCUGCCUAUGGCGGCAAGUACAAAAUCUGCUGGUGCAGCGCAGAGAGCAACGAGGGCUGGAGCUCCUAUGCAAACUCCUCGCAUGACUGCAUAUCCUCACAGAACUUCAAUGUUGAGGUAGGAAACCUUCUGAUGUUGGGGCCGAUCUUCCCAGAACAGACGAGGACUUGUGUGAGCGGCCAAUCUUGCCGACUGUCAGGUCUGUUGGGUGAAGGCUUUGCCCAGGGAUCCGACAUUCUGAUAGCAGAAACAUGUGGAACGGCUUCGGUGGUUUCCGGCUUUCCGCAGUCCAGUCAGACUCUUCAGCAAAACGUGUUGCUGGAAGUUUCAUGGGCUGCCGUGACAGCAGCAGGUGGCCGAUACCGGCUGUGCUGGUGCGCACCGGUGUACGUGGCAAACAGCUCCAAUGGAGCCGGUGAGUGCGAGGUGGCCUCCAACUUUCGGAUUGAUAUUGGCACGCUGUCUCUUCUAGGCCCACUUCUGAAUCAGGAUCGUACCUGCAUUUCUGGCCAAACUUGCUUUGUGGAUGGCAUUUUGGGAGAAGGUUUGGACUCCGACAGUGUGCUCGUCUUGGAGACCUGCGGGGUCCACACAGUGGUGCCAAGACUUUCUGGCUCAGGCUUAUUCACGAACAUAACCCGAAGCGGUGCAAGCAUCAGCUGGGGAGCGGAUCCAAAUACAGCAGCUGGAGGGAGCUACCGGCUCUGUUGGUGCUCAAAGGAGUUUACGUGCAGUACCAGUGCAGACUUCCAGGUUGAUUUUGGGUCCUUGCGGCUUCUCGGAGUUUCGCCACUGGAUCAAAGAGCAACAUGUGUGGCUGGGAGGGCGUGUCCAGCACGGUGGACUUUCAGCUUUGGGGAUGCGAUCGCACUUGACACCUGUGGAGUGCAGAGGGCCCUUGCCCCACCACGUCUGCAAAGCAACAUCACCGGGGUCGAGAUUCUGGAGAAGGGAGCUGCUGGGAAUUGGAGGCUAUGCUGGUGCGCAUCUGGCGCUAACCAGGCCAACCACUCCGACUCGAAUCACACGCCGUGUGAGACCAUGCUGGACUAUAUUGUCGACAUCGGGGAGCUGGUGAUCCUUGGCCCGCUUCCAACACAUGGACACACCUGUGUGAGUGGCCUGCCUUGCGUUGCAGAUGGCCUGCUGGGCCUGGACUUGUCUGCGAACCAUUCCUUUGUGGUGCUUGCAACCUGUGGCACCGCGACCACUCCUCUCCACUUCCCCAACGCUGCGUUUGCCACAUUUGAUUCUGUGACAGGCACGCUCCGUUGGAAUGGCAAUGGAAACAGCUCGCUCACUGCAGUGACCGCUGCAGGUGGACAGUAUCGCCUGUGUUGGUGUCGACAUGUAUCCGAUGUGGACUGUUUGGCAUCGGCUGAUUUCGCCUAUGAUGCAGGAAGCCUUACAGUAUUGGGGCCGGCACCCUUGAAGCAGGACAGAACUUGCAUUAGCGGAGCGGCAUGUAUGUUGGAGAGUUUCACAGGGAACCUACUUUCAGCUCAAGACAUGCUGAUGGUGACGCAAAGCUGUGGCGCCAAGGAUGGGAUUGUCAUUGGAUUUCCAGCAUCAGAGCUUGGAAAUUCGUCUUUGGUUCUGUCCGCCAACGGUGGCUCAUACAGAAUUUGUUGGUGCACUGCGCCUGCCAGAGCGUUUGCCGCUGGUUUGCCUUCCUUUACAUUGCCCAGGCAGGGCUGCGACCUGACAGAAGAUUAUCUCGUUGACAUCGGGGCCUUCACCAUGCUCGGCCCCGCCCGGGAUCAUGUGAGGACCUGCGUGGCUGGUGCACUCUGCAGCAGUGCACUCCAAGGGCUUGGACUGGGGUCGUUGGACUACCGCUUGCAGAUUCUGGAUACCUGCUCAGUUUUCGGAGCCCAGGUGGCAAUGGUUGAGGCGACCAACAACACUGUGCCAUUGUGGUUUCACAAAAUCAUGUUUGCAGGUGGAGCCUAUCGGCUUUGCUGGUGUUCUUCGGAGUGCAACGAGAUGGUGGACGUAGGCACGGUGUUCCUGCAUGGAGUGGCACCCUUACAACAAGACCGAACGUGUGUCGCGGGACAGGCAUGCAAGGUUGAAGGGAUUCUGAGCUAUGGGAAACUGGAAGCCAGCCAUCUUAUGAUCAUGCAGACUUGCAAUGUUCACCAUGGCAUUGGCAUCACGGACAUUCGUGCUGUGACCGAGACCUCAGUGGCACACGGCAACUUCAGCAAUGCUUCUGGUGAGAUGUUGGCUGCCCAAAGCAAAGCCUGGUUCCUGGAUGAGAUGACAUUGCCUGGCGGUGGCUACCGGCUGUGUUGGUGCGGGUCCCUGGCUUCCAUAGGCUCCAACGACACAGGCAGCCCCAGCAGCAACCUGACAACUCCUGACUGCAGGGUGGUUCCAGGAUCUCAGGUUGACUUUGGGGAACUUCUCGUGAUUGGACCCUCCACCGUCGUUGAGGUGACUUGUGUCAGUGGACAGUCCUGCAUCGUGGACGGACUCCUUGGUAAGCACCUCUCUGUCAACGACUUUAUGAGCAUCCUGGAUACUUGCGGCAUGAUGCCCAACGAGAAGAUUGAUGGUUUCCCGCAACAUGGCUUGGCAGUGGGGAUUGCUGCAAGUGGCAGUGCAGCCAACUGGGGCUUUCAGACCCCUCUCACGGGCCCAGGAGGAUCCUACCGGUUGUGCUGGUGUGCGGCAGGCUUUUCCUGUCGCAGCUCCGAGGACUUUUCCAUCGAAGUGGGAUCCCUUUCAUUGCGGGGUCCCAGACCCCUUGCCCAAGACAGGACUUGUGUGGCAGGCUACGGAUGCAAUGUCGAGUUCGAUGGAUUGGACAUGAGUCCAUAUGUCGUGGAAGCCAUCAGUUCUGUUCGGCUUGCCCUUUUGCCUGCAAAUGCUCUUUCUGCAGGCCUCACGCGACUGGAUGUGUACUACAUGAACCUGCACAGCCCGAACGUGAGUGAAGCCAGUUGGGCAGCAUCCUGCAGCAUGACGAACACGGGCUCUUUUGCCUCCGCAGAGCAGGGUUUGCUUUGGUUUGCUUGCUCGUGGCAGCCAGCAGUUACUGCGCCUGUGUGGCUUCUUUCGUUACAGUCUGAUGCAACACUGCAGAUGCAUGAAGCACAGUUCCUGGGGCAGAAUGGCUGGACCACGAUUGCUGAUGCAGUUGGGGUACUUGGAGAUGCAGCCAAGCUGUCAGAUGGAGUCCUUUCAACUUGGGUGCUUGCAAGCUCAGGCGAUCCGAUCCAGCUGACGUUCACAGCUUUGCAACCAGAUGCGAUGAUCCUUGCAGACACCUGCGCCGUAAGCUCGAUAGCUUGGGGUCCUAUCCCUCUGAGUUUGCCCACCGCAGAGGUAUUGUCAGUUCAGGGUGGCCUUUACCGCCUCUGCUGGUGCGCUCGGGGUUUUGGGUGCGACUUCAAGGAGGACUUUUCCGUUGAUGUAGGGCAGUUGACGGUUGUUGGUCCCAAGGCAAUGCACAACACCUGCAUUGGCGGACAUCCUUGCUUGAUCGAACUUGCUGGCCAGUACCUCUCAGAUCGCAAUCAGAUCUUAGUUCUCCAUACAUGUGCCGUAGAAGAUGCUCGUAUUUGGAAGCUGACGGAUAUGGGGACCUGGCGGCAUCUUUCCAGCAGUGGCGCAGAGCUCUUGGGCACGGCAGCUGUCACAUCCUCUGCAGGGACGUACAAGCUUUGCUGGUGCAGUGGCUUCAGUGCCUGUGAGACUGCGUCUGACUUCUCUGUGGAGGCAGGCGAGCUUUGGGUGAUGGGAGUUGCGCCCCUAGCCCAAGCCUACACUUGCGUCAGUGGUCAGAGCUGUGUGGUCGAUCACCUCAGUGGUUUGGGCUUGUCCAAGAAUCAGAUCAUGAUCCUCGAAACAUGCGGUACCAGCAGCUUGCUCUACAGAGGGCUCGAUGCCAGUGAGGUUACAAACGGCACCAGCACCAUCCUCACGUGGACGGACGACCUGACAGCACCGGGCGGUCAAUACAGACUUUGUUGGUGCCGUGCACAGGAUGGGCAAGAUAGCUGUGUCGCAGCAACAGAGUUUCAGGUUGACUUCGGGCAUUUCACCAUUGUUGGACCCGCGCCACUGCAGCAAACGUGGACAUGCAUCAGUGGCCAGUCCUGUCGAAUUGAUGGCAUCACCGGAAUCGGAACAGGGCUGUCCACGCAGAUUGUGAUCAUGGACACUUGUGGCGCCUCAGACAGCCAGAUUCUCUUCUUCAAUGCACCUGUGAGGAGCUUAGCCAACUCCUGGGAAGACUCUUUGCUGUCAAUCCCUGGAGCUUCCUAUCGCAUGUGCUGGUGUGCCAUCGAGACACACCCGUGCACGGUGGCGGAGAGCUACGGUGUUGACUUCGGCCGUCUUUUGGUCCUUGGCCCGUAUCCAUUAAUGCAGGAUCGGACAUGUGUGUCUGGCAGCAGCUGUGAAGUCAGUGGGUUCAUGGGUGUUGGGCUGUCCAGUUCAGAUCUUGUGGUUGUCCAGGAUACAUGCACGGACCACCGUUCGCGAAUCGGUUUGCCAGCAGCUGGAUCCCUGAUGUCACUGACACCAUCAGCCGGAAGCGCAUAUGUAUCGGCAGAGAGCAGCAGCAACAGUACCCUCAUGUUUGGCAUCCUCACAGCAGAAGGAGGCCAAUACAGGCUUUGCUGGACUAGCUGGAUGGCCUUGCAGCUUGAGAUGCAGGCUGGCAAUAUCAGUGACAAUGCUACCAUCGAGGAGGCCGCAAAUUUCCGGGGUGGUUGCAAUGACACGCUCGGCGGCAACAGGACCUGCGCACUGGAACAGGAAUCUGGGCAUCUGACGAUGCCCGCGAAUGCCAUGAUCGAUGUCGGAAGUCUCACUUUGAUUGGUCCGACAUUGGAUCACGCUCGUACCUGCGUGAGUGGACAGCUCUGUAGCUUUGGUGGCAUCGCAGGGGUGCACCUCGACGUUCGGGAUCAGAUUGCGGUGCUGGACACUUGCGGCAAGCCAGGCCAAAUGAUUGCUACGUCGUCUCCAGCACGCUCCCAUGCUUCCUGGGCUGAUUUAGGAACCAUGACGCUUCCUGGUGGCACAUACCGCCUGUGCUGGUGCAGCCAAGCACAGAACGCAGACUGCAGCCUAGCAGAAGACUUUCACGUGGACUUCGGCAUGCUAUCCAUCAUAGGUCCCGCGCAGUCCGAGCAGUUCACAUGUGUGUCAGGACGCCUGUGCACCGUGGCAGGGCUUCAGGGACGAAGCUUCUCCGUUGAAGAUCGCUUGGCAAUUCUUGACACGUGUGGUCUGACCGCAGGAAGUAAUUUGCCCCCAAUCCGGGGAGGGGCAUCAACGCUGGUGCCAAGAAUUCCCUCCGACGGCAUGGGACUGUCGACUGCAAGUGGAGCCAGGGUUCAAUGGGAUGGGCAGUUGACCGCAGUUGGCGGAAUGUACCGUCUGUGCUGGUGUGCUGGCUCUCCUACCGGUGCCUUUGACAAUCCGGCUUCUGACGAGUCACAUCCAGCAGGGACCACGGUCGCUGCAAGUUCCGAGAAUGCAAGUGGCAAUCAGUCUUUGGGCUCUCGACGCCUCUCCGCAUACUCCGGCUUGCCAGGACUUGAGGCCAACUCCAGCAAUGUCUCUAAUCUUACAGAUCCAGGUUUCCUGUGCCAGCAGGCCUCCCACUUCCAGGUGGACGUUGGCCAGCUGCUGCUGAUCGGGCCCUCACACCUUCCAGGGGCAACCUGCGUCAGUGGACAGACAUGCGUGAUCGACCUUGUUGCGCGGCCUUCAGACCGUUUCAUGCUCAUGGACACCUGUGCCGUAUUUGCUACGUCUGCCCCGAGCCUUGGAGGUCCAGCAGUGAGGUCAGCCUCGUUGGUUUCAUGGGGUCCUAAAGCCCUUGUAGGUGCAGGCGGGACAUAUCGACUAUGUUGGUGCUGGGACGAUGCCUCACAGUAUGCUUCCAAUGUCACGAACCAGUCAGCUCUGCUGGAACUGCAGGCCGACGUGGUCGACUCCAAUGGCACCAAUGCAUCGAGCGUUUCAGCAGGCUCUCGUGACCUUUGCCAACACGUGCAUGACUUUGUGGUAGACGUGGGGCCACUGUUGUUGCUGGGUCCGUCACCACUCCGCCAGGAUCGAACUUGUGUGAGUGGACGUACUUGCACGGUGGAGGGAAUAGUCGGCGCAGAAUUGGAGAGCCUUCUGGUGCAAGACACAUGUGGCAGCCCCUCCUCUUUGGUAUUGCCAGUCAACUUUAGCUCUGUCGAUCACCGAUGGGAGCUGCCGAUGUUGAGCCAGCAGGGUGGCAUGUAUAGGCUCUGCUGGUGUUCAAGUAUGUUUUCAUGUCGGACAGAGGACUUUCGUGUGGACUUUGGUAUCUUGCACUUGCUCGGUCCAUUGCCUUUAGCCCAGGACAGGACAUGCAUUAGCGGAUGUCCCUGCACCGUGGAUAUGCUUGGCAUCUACCCGCCGGAGCUUACGGGUACGUCUCUCCUGGUGUUGGGCACCUGCGCAUCGACGAAGCUUGUGGAUGGCUUCCCGACCCAUGCAGUUGAAAUCGACACGUCAACGCGAUCUGCAACUUGGUCGGAGGUCACCGCCGCAGGCGGCUUUUACAGCUUGUGUUGGCAUGCUCAGCCAGAGCCAGGGUUCAGGAACCUGACAGAGAACCUCUCCGUCUCCGUGCAAAUGGGUGAGAAUCGUAGUGUGCUGCCCCUUUCUGUGGACCACUCGGUGUUGAUGGGCCAGCUCCUCCUUAUCGGUCCAGCAAGGGAUCAUGCAGUGACGUGCAUCAGCCGAGGUCGCUGUGCUGCCAGGCUCCGUGGGGUUCAUCUCUCGGACUCAGACUUCAUGGCAGUUCUGGACACCUGCGGAGUCAGCACUUCCUCUCAGCAGCUUGCCGCAGUGCAGCAGCUAGAGCUCGUGGGCUCGCAAGCUGUGCUUGUAGAUUGGCCCAGAGAGUCCAUGAACAUUGACGGCGGCCAAUAUCGCAUGUGCUGGUGUUCAGGAAACAAUGCAUCAAGAUGUGACUCGGCUCAGUUCUUCCUUGUUGAUGCCGGCAGCCUGUCCAUACGCGGCCCCAGACCGAUUGCCAGGACAUGUCUUGUGGGAAGGCCAUGUGUAGUCACGGAGAUCGAUGGCUUUGCCCUGAGGCCUUCAGAUCAGCUGCUGCUUCUGGAGACUUGUGGUGGCCCACUGCUUGCCGAGGGUGGCUUCCCACAGAGUCUCCGUGCUGAGAUGUCUGUUGCCUUCACCAUCGUCAGGGCUGGCAACUAUCGCCUCUGCUGGUGUGGUACUGAGCCUUGGAAUUUGAAUGCAACUCUGAAUGCCACUGCGUGCUCAAGCCCAUUUGAGUUCACAGUCGAUGCCGGCGAGGUUUCGGUGUUGGGACCGCUUCCGUCUCAGUUCAGGACGUGUGUGAGCGGACUGCAUUGCGUGUUGGACGGGCUGCUCGGGCCUGGGCUCAGCGAGGACGAUCGCGUGCUGGUCAUGGACACAUGUGGAACCCCCAACGUGGUGCCUCUGUUUCCUCAAGCAGGUCUUUCCCAUGAAGCUGGAAGCAGUGGGGCUUCUGUGUCCUGGGGGCAAAGCAUGAUUACUUCAAUGGGGGGAGCCUACAGGUUGUGCUGGUGCACACGUAGAGGUUCCAACAUCAGCUCCUCAGGCAAUGCCUCAGAGUGCAGUUUGCCCAGUGCUUUUGGGGUCGACUUUGGCGCCCUCAUGCUGCGCGGACCUGCAGAGCUUUCGAAGCCACUGCGUUGUGUUUUGGGACAGCAGUGCAUCAUGCCUCCUAUCUCUGGCAUGUACAUCAGUUCAUUGGAUUGGGUUCGUGUGCUCGAUACGUGCGGCAUUGAUUCGCAGCAGCCUCCAUACCAACCUGACGUUCAACUCCAAGUUCUGACCGUGACGGCAGCAGCAUCCAACGUCAGCCUUCGGCUGAAUUUCAGUGCGGGUUUGAACAACGCUUCCAGUCUUGUCAUUCCCGCUGCUGGAAUUCCUGCUGGCGGUGGUCAGUACAGACUCUGUUGGUGCGGUCAGGAGUCGACAUGCCUGACCCCUUCCAGUUAUCGGGUGGAUUUCGGUAGCUUGGCCCUAGCUGGCCCGCUGUCGAUGCAAUCUCGCACCUGCAUGAGUGGUCAAUCUUGCGUGAUCAACUCUCUGCUGGGUUACAGGCUUUCCAACGAAACCAGCUUCCUUGUCAUGGACACUUGUGGGCUGCCUGGUGCUGUCCAGGGUGCUUUCAGCAAUUUGGCAGUGUCGUCUUCUGGCGCAGCCGUGCACUGGUCUGCGGAGCCGGCACAAGGAGGACUGUACAGGCUCUGCUGGUGUGGAGCGGCCGGGAGCUUGAACGCCACACAGGCUCCAUGUGAUUUCAGCUGGAGCUUCAACGUGGAUUUUGGAAGCUUGAUUGUACGGGGGCCGUCGCCCAUGUACCAAGCCUUCACAUGCAUUGCAGGGCAGCGGUGCCGUUUUGAUGGAAUCACAGGUCAGGACCUAUCAUUUGCCGACCGUUAUUUGGUGCUGGACAGUUGCAGCCGCAACAAAUUGACCACCGACGUCCUGGACGUGCGCAUUAUGUUUUCUGGACAGCCCUACAAUCCUGGGAUUGAGAGUGAUGAUGUUGUUCUGGUGCACGGUGGACAGUACAGAUUGUGCUGGUGUGGAUCAGUCAGUGCUGAGAAUUCGUCGCAUCUCCCGUGCAACCUUCCGAGCGAUUACUUGGUAGACUUUGCCAGUAUUUCCAUUAUUGGCCCAUCCUCCUUUGACCAGGACAAGACGUGCGUUGCUGGUAUGAUGUGUGCUGUGCAAAACAUAGAGGGCUUUUUUACUUCCAGCCACGACGCGCUGCUGGUGGCCGCAACGUGUGGCCAGAGCAACGCCUUGAUCACUGGGCUUGCAGACUCUGGGCUGAUGACCGCUCAAAAUGCAACUUCGCGGUGGCUGCUGGCCUCUGCAUCUGCCCAAGGGGGUCAAUACCGCUUGUGUUGGUGCUCGGAAGAGCAGGUCUGCUCGACUAUGGAGCACUUCAGGCUGGAUGUGGGCACCUUCACGCUUCUAGGUCCGGCACCAGUGCGGCAGUCAUUCACGUGCAUAGCUGGUCAUGAGUGCAACAUCGACGCCAUCACCGGCGCGCACCUGAGCGAAGACAGGCUGGCCGUGCUUGAGACCUGCGGCUCAGAGAAAGGUGUUCUUCGUCUCCCAAAUGCAGGGGUGUCUGCCCCUUCUUCUGACUUCCACACCAGCUGGGGUCCUUUAUCCCUCACUGCCGCAGGCGGACAGUAUCGCCUUUGUUGGUGCACGGACCUGGCCAUGGAGCUCCAGAAUGCAUCGCGCAACGAUUCCUCAAGAGGUUGCCAGCUUCUCUCGGAUUUUGCCUUCGAUCUCGGGAGCCUGAUCAUCUUUGGGCCAGCACCGCUUUCACAGAGCCGGACGUGCGUCAGCGGCCGGAGAUGCCAGCUUGAUGGCUUGACAGGAUUCGGCCUGAGGGACUCAGACAGGCUCUUAGUCCUGGACACUUGUGGUCAAGCAUCAGCCAUGCCCAGGGGCUGGGCGGGUGCAAGUGUCGAGACGAGCAGGAACGGCGCGGCUGCGUCGUGGCAAGCCGUUGUGAGCGCUGCGGGCGGACAAUACCGCUUGUGCUGGUGCGCCACCCUGCCGACAAAUGCAACAAACACUAGUGGUCAGAGUUGCGAUCGCGCUGGAGCCUUUCUUGUGGACAUGGGUGCCAUGCUGCUGAUGGGUCCGACACCCUUGGCGCAAGAUCGGACUUGCAUCAGUGGACAGACAUGUGCAUCAAGCGGGUUGAUCGCUGCUGCAGGUGGUGGAGUAUCUUUGCCAGGUACUGCGAACACGCCGCUUGCAGGAGAUCUUCUUGAUCUUAACGGCAUGUCCAUUGUGAGCUGGGCUUCGGAAGCUCUGACAGUUUCGGCAGGCCAGUAUCGUCUCUGCUGGUGUGCCAUGCAUGCCAUGGAUCUGACGAACACCUCCGCUUGCAGCUUGGCGACCCAGUUCACAGUGGACUUCGGAGCUCUCCACGUGUACGGCCCGCUGCCGGGCCACCGUCGCACCUGCGUAAGUGGAUAUACAUGUGCAUUCGAUGGCAUUGCCGGCUAUGGAUUGAGCCAGAAUGACAGCAUUCUUGUCAUGGAGACUUGCGGUGCCAACCAGAUCAUUGCCAAGUUUCCGCGGGGUGGCUUGAUGGAAGAGGUCUCUGCAAGUGGGUCUCGUGCCAGCUGGGGUGAUGCAAUCAUAUCUGCACAUGGAGGGAGUUACCGCCUGUGUUGGUGCAGUCACGGUGCUGCUGCAUGCAGCAGGCCGGAGGAUUUCCCCUUUGAUUUUGGGCAACUUCUGCUGCUGGGACCUGGCCGCGCAGACCAGACUUGUGUGGCUGGUCAGACCUGUCAUCUUGAUGGCCUGCCGCAUAUGUGGUCAGAACUGAACUCCUAUAUGAUUUUGGACACGUGUGGCAUUACAGACUCUCCUCUUGGUGUCCUUACAACAAGUGCCGUUCUCUCAGACGCUCUGGGCCAAGCAAGCUGGGGCGCGAGACCGCUUACAUCAGGUGACCUUCCGGCUGGUAUCUAUCAGCUGUGUUGGUGUUAUCCCUUGCCUUUUGUCAGCGCCAGCAGCUCUCCAAAUCGUACCGAGCAGGGCAACUUAACGGGUCCUUGCGAGCUGUCGUCACAGCACCAUGUUACUGUUGGCAAGCUAACGAUGAUUGGUGCAAGUGUGGAGCAGCAACGAACUUGUAUCAGCGGCCUGACAUGCGUCGUUGACAGCAUUGAGGGCUAUCAGCUAUCAAUGGAUGACAAAGUCCUCGUCAUGGAAACCUGCGGCCUUGAAGUAUCAGCUGGCUUUUCUUGGACGGCACAGGCCAGCAAUAUGUCAGCAGGCAGGCUCAGCUUCUCAUGGGGUUCUAUCCACAUUACACCCCUAGGAGGCUCCUAUCGCUUGUGCUGGUGUGGUGCAUCCAUGGCUUGCAGCCGUGCAAGCCAGUUUAGAGUUGACUUUGGCCAACUGAGCAUCCGUGGACCAGCGCCCUUCAUGCAGCAUCGGACGUGUGUGUCAGGACAUCUUUGCCACCUCUCCUCUGGCUUGAUGCAUUUGAACCACACUGACGACAUCGGACUGCGCUUUGCUGUCUUGGCCCUCGACACAUGCGGUGGCGAGUCUGUUCCUGCAGGAUUUCCGGUGCUGCACUCAAUUAGCAACACAAGCUCCAAUUCAACAGCUUCGCAGACCUCAGCAGAGGAUGACUUCUUGAGGGCAUCUGUGCAGGUACUGACAACAGCUUCAGGCGCAUUCUAUCGCUUGUGCUGGUGUGGCGUGCCUGAAACAGCCACAGGCUGCCGAUUGCCCUCUGAUUUCCGAGUAGAUAUUGGGGAAUUGACUUUGAUCGGCCCACGCCAGAGCUCGCACACAUGCAUUAGCGGUCGUCUUUGCAGCCUUGAUGACCUGCAGGGUCUUCACCUCAGCGACUCCAACGCCUACAUGGUUUUAGACACUUGUGGUGCUGCGGUCCGCUACUGGCCUGAGGGCUACGCAGGGCUGGUCUCACCUCCAACUCCGAUACCGCAAGGGACGGCAAAUCGGGGCGGCCAGUACCAACUUUGCUGGUGUGCGGGUUUACAAAGUUCACCAGACGUGCUGAACCUCACCGCAACGAACUCGAGCUUGCCAUGUCGACGAGCUGGUGACUUUCCAUCAUCAUCGGGGACCUUGACCAUUCUGGGCCCGGCACCUUUGCAACAGCAACGGACAUGCAUCAGCGGACAAACUUGUGUCCUUGAUGUGUCUGGAUUGGGGCUCUCAGACUUUAACAUCUUGGCUGUGCAAGACACCUGUGGAAUGGCAUCGGCCCCAUCCAGAUUCCCUUCAGCAGCUUCACUUCGAGCACUUUCAGGCUUCAGCGCGCAAGCUGCUUGGGAAGGUGUUGGGCUCUCGUCCGCCGGAGGCAGGUAUCGCCUCUGCUGGUCUUCAGUUGACGCCAACUCCAGCAAUUCCUCCGUUGCUGCUGCGAACGUUGACAUCGGUGAGUUGCUGGUGCUGGGGCCUGCCCCAUUGCAGCAAAUGGCGACUUGCGUUGCUGGCCAAAGCUGUGUUCUCGAUGUACCUAGCGGAUACGGCCUGGAUUCAGGAGGGUAUCUCAUGCUUGCAGACACAUGCGGACUUCUGCCGGCUGAGAGGCUGAGAUUUCCAAGCGAAGCCGUGUCUUGGGAUGCAAACGAAUCCACGGCGGUCUGGUCUUCAAUUACAGCUGCAGGGACGUCCUACAGGUUGUGUUGGUGCGCACUGGGCUUCACCUGCAGCAGCACAGAACAUUUCAGGGUGGAUGCAGGCGUUCUGAGCUUGAUUGGGCCGGCGCCUCUCAGCCAGGGCAGGACAUGCGUUUCUGGAAGCUCCUGCAACUUCGCAUUGGACUUGCAGCCGCUCAUCUACAACACUUCUGAUGAGAGUCAGAUCCUUAUUUUGGCUACCUGUGGUACAGCGGCGGCAGAUCUCACACUUCCUGCCCAGUUCAUAGGAACCCUUGGCUCAGCAUCUUGGUCCUCAGUUGUCCUCCCAGGUGGUGAGUACCGGCUGUGCUGGUGUGCUGGCGCGCGCGCUGGUAGCUGUGCUGUCUCGGAAUUCUUCCAGGUGGAUUUGGGCAGCUUCCUGCUCCUCGGCCCAAGCCAGCAUCAGCAGUCGACAUGCUCGAGUGGGCAGACCUGCAACAUCCAUAUCCCAGUGGUAGGUGGUGCGGAUUCUGACCACUUGCUGCUCGCCGAAACCUGUGGAGCAAUUCGGAGCAAGAGAGGGCAGAGCUUCACCAUGAUUCCGCAGGUUCAAAGGUCGGCACACGUCCUGUCCGCCAGCUGGGGAGCAGGUGUUCUUGUGCAGCCGGGUGGGCAAUAUCAACUUUGCUGGUGUGGAAGGUCAUGCAACGAUGCCCGCAAUUUUGUUUCUCCAGCAGGAAGUCUGUAUCUCCGAGGUCCUGCACCUCUAGAGCAGCAGUUCACCUGCUUCGCAGGUCAAGACUGCUCCUUGGAGGGCUUGUCGGGUCACGGCAUGUCCGGCGCUGGCGUCUUGCUCGUUAUGGAUACCUGUGGCACAGCGCGCUCCACGUCAUUGCGGUUCACACCUGGCGAGUCCAAGGGGCUUGUAGCUGGACAUGCCGGGGCCCAUCUCUCAGGUGGGAACUAUCGGCUUUGUUGGUGUGCCUUCGGGGACUUUGCCAUUGCCAGCACCAAUACCUCUGACUGUGAGUUGCCUUCGUCCUUCCUGACUGAUGCCGGCUCGCUACACAUGGUUGGCCCUGCACUGCAGCAGCAGUACACCUGCAUCAGCGGCCAGACCUGUGCACUUCGGGGGCUUCAGGGUGCUUCCCUGCAGCAGGGCGAUGCAGUCGCUGUGCUGGACACCUGUGGAAGCCUCAACGCGUGGCCGCUACACCUCGUCAAUACACUCAACCUGCAGUCGGAUGGCAGCUGGGCGGUCAGCUGGGGAGAAGCCGCCCUGUCCACCCCUGGCGGACAGUACAGACUCUGCUGGUGCGCGAAAGGUGCGCAUUGUCAAGAUGCAAGUGCCUUGCGCGUGGACUUCGGCGACCUGACUUUGCUUGGACCGGAACACCUUCUGCUGGACCGCACAUGCAUCAGUGGCCGAACAUGUUCCUUUGAUGGGCUAAUCAGCGGCUCAGGAGUGCUCAUUCUCGACACUUGUGGGUUGCCAUCGGUAGGAAAGCGAUGGAGCGCGGCCCCAACAAGAAUGCCACAUUUCAUGAGUCAGCUCGAGCACAUGGAGAUAGAGAAUGGUCGAGUGACUUGGGGUGACCUGCAGUUCAGCGCCGCGGGUGGAGUGUUUCGCCUCUGUUGGUGUGCAGCAAACACGACUUGUCUUGUGCCGGAGCACUUCCAGCUGGACAUUGGCCAGCUCCUCCUCAUUGGUCCAAGCUUUGGCCAUUCUCAGACUUGCAUAUCCGGGCAGACAUGCGCCAUAUCUCUUGUCAAAGGAUGGCAGCUGUCCGAGUCAGAUAGGAUCAUGGUCUUAGACACGUGUGCAAGAGCAGGAAAUGCAGGAAACUUCACGCAGGUUCCUGCAGCCAUCACAGGUUUUCCUGCUGACGGCAUGAGUUGGUCGGCGAGCCAGGAGCUGAAUUUGACGGAUCUUGGCUCCUCGACCGGGCCCCUCGUGCGCUUUGAGCUGGAUGGCUACGUCAGUGCACCGGGUGCUUCAUACCGACUCUGCUGGUGCGGAGCCAAUGUGGCCUGCUCUUCCUCUGAAGACUUCCAGACCGACUUCGGCGAGCUGCAUCUGCUGGGGCCCUCACUUGGUCAGAGCUGGACGUGCACUAGCGGAACAGCCUGUUGGCUGGACAACUUUGUGGGUCACCAUCUGCAAGCUGGACAUGUUGUGGCAGUUUUCGACACUUGCGGGGUCCGUGGUGUGGGCUUGGAUGGUGCAGAUCCCAGCAGUCUGCACAUCUCCCAAUCGCUUGCUUCUGCUACGGCCGCUGCGGCACAAGGUUCUGUCGUGUUCCUCUCCACAUUGACGGCCAGCGGAGGCUGGGUUCUGCUGAAUUUCAGCAUGCUCAGCACUCACCCAGAUCUGGAUCUGCAAGGAGCUUCCUGCUCCACUGCGGAUGAGUUCAUUGGCUUGGCCCUCAUGCUUCAUCAGCUGUGUACCAUGCAUGACAUGUGUACAUGCAUCCUGUAUCUUCCAGGCAUCGGCCGCUUCACGCUGCAGGGUCCGUCGCCACUUCAGCAACACCGAACCUGCAUCGCGGGCCAGGAGUGCGAGGUGAGUGGUAUGACAGGCCUGCAGCUGCCUGAUAGUGGCACUUUUGCCGUGCUGGACACCUGCUUCCACCUUAGUGACUUUGGUGAGCUGUCAUAG